GUCAGUGAAGGAGCCCGUUGGGGGUGAGGGAGGCGGGCUGACCCACCCAGCACAUGGUGGCGGCGGCGCCGACAGGGCACAGUGUGACCCCGACAGUGAUUAGGAGUGCACGUCCUUUCGCGAGCCGGGUCCCCACACGCGGCUGCUCGUCGUGUGAGCACGGGCCUGUGCAGCCAUGGCUGACAAAAGCCCCGGAAAACAGCCUGCCUCUAAGGGCGGCGAUGACCGCGGCCGCACGGAAAAACACAAACGCUCGCUUCUCAGCAAGGUGUCCUUCUUCGAGCAGGUGUGGUGGGGGCAGAACAGGUCACCCUCACUGGAGCGGCGGCGCCCUGUGUCGAGGGAGGGCACCAAAUCGCCGGAAGUUGAGAUGGCUGAAGAAGUGUUCGCCGAAUGGAGUGAGGGGCCUGGGCAAGAGAAGCGCCCUCGCCGAGAUGGCGCCAGUCCGCCCAUAGAAGGGACACCCCGGCGAUCCUCCUCCCGGAGUGAGGAUGAAUGGGAGUUUGUGGAGGGCCCAGACACAUCCACACUGGCCGAGGACAUCGAGCGGCGCCUUGCGGAACGGCGAAGGAUGAGAUCUGGCAGUGACAUGUCCCCUACCCGGGAGUGGGUUACGCUGCGGCGGCGAAGCAAGGCAUUUUCUGAACCCGCAGGGCAACGUGGCUCCACACCAGAGUCCCUUGAGUCUUCCACAUGCAGCAGGACGUCUCUGGCGGAUACCAUCGAGCAGCGACUGGAACGUCACCGCCAGGAAGUUCGCCAGCGACUGGCCUCCCCGACACCUGAAUGGCCUCAGCUACGCUGUUCCCCGGUACCAAGGUCCAGCCGCGACACCAGCCUGGAGAGAGACAGGUCUGUCCGUAGCCGUACCACUAGCGGAGAGAGGCGAGGAAGUAGGGAAAGCAGCCUGUCACCCAGGCGUCAUGUGCUGGAGAGGGAGGUGAUCGCGAAAGCUGAGCGCCGCGACGGAGCUGUCACCGCUGUCACCACCACGAGGCACACCACUAUGGAGUGGGAUAGUCCUGACGGAGAGCCCCGCAUUGAGACUCAGUCCACCAGCAAAGACCUUGAAGAAGAAGACCCUGCAAGUGCCGGCCAGGAAGGUUACCAACGUGUCGAGGAGGAGGAGCGAGAGAGCAUUGAGAGCGGCACACGGAAGAAGUACAGCCAUGUGGUUGUUCACCGCACCACCGAGCAAACCAUCACCUCUACGCCCUCACCGGAGCCCUCAGAGCACCUGCCAUCAGAACAAGCAGCUACGUCUCCACUUCCUGACUCCCCAGACUCCCAUAGCGCCCGUAGCAGGACUCCUUCAGGGCCCAGGAAGCGCCACCGCUCGAGAACACCUUCAGUCGAACGGAUCCUUGAGGUAGAAGAAGACGACUCCUCCGUUACCUCUGGAAAGUCGCGCACUGAGCUUCGAGCCUCGUCAGCGGCGGGAGAGCAUCGGCACGCAGGCGCGGGGGGCGCGUCUUCCCGACACACGUAUAGCAAGCGACGUGACUCAGACGAGCGUGCGAAGGAGUCCAGUAUGGACUCCAAGAGCUCCGACGAUGGGCUGACCAUGGAAGCCGUCAGCUCCGUGCAGUGGGAAAGUGACGGAGCCCGCGGCGAAGUACAGCGACACACCACGAGGGUCCUGAUCCGCGACCGGGACCCUUCUUACACCAAGUACGUCCUAACCGCCCGCACCGCCUCCAGGGACUCCCUCUUCUCCACCCCGAGCAGCGAGGACGCCCCCAGCCUAGAGGGUAGCGUCCCCCCCUGGGUAUCACGAUCCGCCCAGUAUGAGGAUGGUAACGACGACGCCCCCGGCGUAUUCAGGCUGCGCUCCCACCGCUACCAGGAGCACAUCUCCACCAUGAAAGACGAGCAAGAAAGGGUGCAGAAAAAGACCUUCAUGAACUGGAUCAACGCUCACUUAGUUCGGCACGUUCCACCGCUGAAGCUAAGUGAUCUGAUCGAAGACCUGAAGGAUGGCACUGCGCUGCUCGCCCUGUUGGAGGUGCUGUCGGGAGAGAAGCUGCCUAUUGAGAAGGGCCGUGUCCUCCGCCGGCCUCACUUCCUCAGCAACGCCAACACGGCACUACAGUUCCUACAGAGCAAAAGGAUAAAGCUAGUGAACAUCAAUCCCACGGACCUGGUGGACGGGCGGCCCUCGGUGGUGCUGGGCCUCAUAUGGACCGUCAUCCUCUACUUCCAGAUCGAGGAGAACACCCGCCAGCUGGAGCGUCUGAGCCAGCUGAUGGAGCAGGAGGCGGGCACAAGAAGUGACUCGCCCUUCUCGAUGGGAUCGUGGACGGAGGGUUGCACAAUUUCCCGCGACCGACCCUCUGUCACACGUCGCUCCGCUGCGGCUGAAAAAUGGAAGAUGGGGGCGAAGAAGACUUUGCUGGAGUGGGUACGCCAGACAGUCACCAAGAAGUUUGGUAUAAUUGUGAAUGACUUUGGAACGAGCUGGCGGGACGGCACUGCAUUCCUUGCUCUUAUCCAGUGUAUCAACCCUCGCCUUGUGAAUCUACAAACAAUGAUCCAGAUGACGAAUAAAGCGCGACUGGAGGCUGCGUUCCGUAUAGCUGAGAGAGGCCUGGGCAUCCCUUCCCUUCUGGAUGCUGAGGAUGUGGAUGUUGACAAGCCGGACGAAAAAUCAAUCAUGACUUACGUGGCAUCAUUCCUUCACAAAUUUCCAGAACCUGGAACCUCUACAGUUCCACCCUGCACCAGCCCAACUUUGGAGGCAGCUGGUGCAGGAGAAAUGCUUAGUGAGAUAGAGAUGGAGUACACCGAACUGACCACAUGGCUUUCCCACACAUCUAAGUGGCUGGACACCCUCCACGAUCCAGCCAAGCAUGGCAACAUCAACUAUGAGAGAUUCAAAGCCCUAAAGACAGAAGCAGAUGAGAAGAGGUUAAUAUAUGAAAAACUUCAUGAACUAGUUGAAUCUCAGUCAUCUGUCAUAUCAAUCACAACUGACUCCUGGGCUGACAUUGUGGCAUCCUGGAACAAGGUUUCGCAGCAGCUGUCUCAUUGGAUGUGGCUCUUGGAUGCAUCACUGCCCGGUGCUCUUGGUCCAAUAGGAGAGUGGCUGAGUCGCGCUGAAGCCAUGCUGGGCACUGAGGUCAAGCUGUAUGGCAAGAAUGAUGAGAUUGCCACUCUUCUAAGUAAAAAGAUCGAGGAACACAAAACAUUCUUUUCCAAACUGCCGUCCAUUAUAUCAAGCUUUGAGGCUGUGAAGACUUCCAAGGAUGCAGCAUCCAUCCCCAAGCAGCAGCUGGAGGGCAUUGAGCAGCGCCUCAAUACCAUUGCUCCUCGUGCUGCACGGAGGAAGAUUAAACUCAAGUACCUGGAACAUAGAUAUUGUUUGGUAGCAUUCCUAAUCCUUGUGGAAGCAAAACUCAAGACUUGGGCUGUGAAAUAUGGCAAGGAACAUGAAGUACAACAAAUCCUCGCAGAGUACAGAUCCUUUGUUGGGACACGUAACAUAUUCCAAGAAUUUGAUCGAGCCUUCCAUGAGAUGCAGCAGGUGUCUGAAGCAUACAAGAAGGACAGUGAACUUAGUAAAGCUGAGAGUGAUGGAAUUGCUAAGUUCCUACUUGAAAUAAAUGAACGCUGGAAAAAUGUAUCAGUGGAGUUGCGAUGCAUCCAGAGCCUGCUUGAAGAAGUCAUUGCUUACUGGAAAAAGUUUUUGGACCUCACAGAGCAGUUUGAGGCUUGGCUGGACCGCUCUUUGGUCAAGGUCAAAUUGCCUGAGAAGGAGAAGAUGAACUACUUUCAGGACCUUGGGGAGUGGAAGGAGAAACAUGAUGAGAUGGAUGAGACUGGGAAUUUCCUGGCAGCCACAUGUCGACCAGAGGUGGCUCAAGAAAUCCGAGAGAAACUCUUUUUCAUCAACAAGAAGUGGGAAGACCUCUUCCAGUACGUGCAGCAGUACCUACAUCAGGGGCAGAUUAUCCGGACUAAGAAUGACUACCAGUCAGGACAGGACCGUCUGGAGCUGUGGCUUGAGAACACAGCACUGCUUCUUAAUGCCACAAAUGCCUGUACUGUUGAGGCCAUUAGGGAGUAUGGAGAAAAACUGAAGAAACUGAACAGUGAAAUAGAGGACAUGGAGCUACUGUUCAAGACCAUUUCCAAGGCCUUCCAGUCCCUUGUGCAGGACCUCACCCCAGAUGAGAUAGAGAGGAUGAUGUGGUCUCUCAAGCAGGAGAAAGAAGAACUGGUGCGCCUCAGAGCUCUCAUUCCACAAAAAAUGUACCUCAACACUCAGAUCAUUACACAGUUAGAGGCUGUUGAAAAUGGCAUCACAGAGAUCAACCAGUGGCUGGAUGAGGGAGAGGCUCUUCUUGGCUCCUUUAUUGUCCAUGGCACAAAUGAGAGCAUGCAGCAGCAGCAAAGCAAACAAAAAAGCGAAGACGGUGAGCCUCCUUUACCCUUCAGUGGCAUCAUUGACAUGGCAAGGAGCCAAAUUGAGCAACACAGGACUUUCUUCUCACGGCAAUUGUACUACAAAUCAAUGCUGGACACCAAGAAUAGGGUUUAUCAGAAUCUUCUGAGGACUACAAAUGGAGGAGAAAACUUAGAUGUUCAACAAGUUCAGGACAAAAUCAAUGAAAUUAAUGCCAGGUUCACUAAAAUCACUUCACUGUCUGCCAACUGGGAAACUCGUAUGAGUGAAAGCAUCAGGUGUUGGCAAAGCUACAAAGAAUGUGAAACAGAGGUCACUGAAUGGAUCACUAGUGCAGAAAAGCUCUUCCAGGAGAAAGCCAUUACCACUAAAAGCUAUUUGGAAACACAUAAGGACUUUUUCAUCAAUGCUCCUGAGCACCUCCUCCUAAAGGUGGUCACCUCAGGUCAGGACCUGCAGAAGUAUGUGGCUGAUUCCGAGAAGGAAGCCAUCAAUGUAGCAAUCAAGAGUAUACAGAACCGAUGGGACGAUGUCAUGUGUCAUGCUCCUCUUCAUCUGCUGAAGCUGGAGUUCCGUCUUGAUGAAAAUACGUUCCAAAUGUAUGUUCGAGACAUUGAAAAGGAGUUGAAUUGUGAACAGAAUUCUUACAAUAAGAAUGAAAAUGUGGAAGCUAUCAGACGAAGGCAUGAGGAGUUCUUUGCUGAAAACUUGAUUACUCGAAUUGAGGAACUGCUAGACAACAUGGAUGUGUCAAGUCAAGAAUUUCUUAAAAAGAAGGAGGACAGAAGCUUACUGGAAGAUUGCCAACGGUGCACUGUGCAAUGGUUGGACUUACAGACCCGCAUUGGCACCAUGGCCUCUCAGUUGGACCAGAUCCCAGAGCGCUGGAAGGAAUAUGAGAACAAAGUUGAAGAAACUGUUUCUUGGAUGGAUUGUGUAAAUGACUGCUUAAAAGAAGUAAAUAGAGAAACAUCAUGUGCUGAUGAAUAUGAGAAGCUGAAGGGAAAGUUUGUGGAUGUGUGUGGAGAUCUGGAGGGGAGGCGUGAAUCCAUGAAGUGGCUGGUGCAGAUGCUGGACUCCCUGAUCACUCACAUCCCUGAGGAGGAUGGACAGUAUGAACAACAGAAACUUGAGUCUCUUGUGAGUCGAUACAAGACUCUCAUACCCACUAUUGAAGCAACCCUUGUCCGUGCUGAAACUAAUUCCAAGUGUUACCGAUACAGAGAAGACAUCAACAAAAUUGUGUUGUCACUUGACAGUAUUGUGAAAAAGGGUGCAAGAGAUACACAACCAGAGAACCUUGAAGCAAUCCUGCAGUACAUCAAAGAGCAAGAAGCAGUAGUGCAGCAGCUAGAGGGUCAAAGAGACAACAUUUUCUCAACCAUCCAGCGGGGGAAGGACCUCAUGAGGGACCAAAAUGCACCACUUUUUGUUAGUGCUAUGCUGCAAAUGCUUGAAGCAAAAUGGAAUGAAGCUUAUAAUGGAUCAGUUGAUAAAUUCAAUAAAUUGAAAAGCACUCAAAAAGUAUGGUCUGAUUACAGUGAUCAAAAGAAUGAAAUAUUGAAGUUAAUAGCACAAGCAGAAUCUGAACUCUCAAGCAUUAUCAAUCAUAAUAACCCUCAACAAGUUGCUAAUGAGCUCAGCAACAAACAGGAGAUGAAUGACCACUUAAGUGAAACAACUGACCAGAUGUUACGAAAGUUACAUAACCACUCCAAUAACCUUGCCAAACUUGCUAAUCCUGAAAGAAAACCUUUACUAGAGAAAGAAGUCAUAGAAAUUGAACAGCGAAUGCAGACAGUUAUUGAUACUGUAUCUCAGAAAAUUGAAUUUUUGGAACAGUUGAAUGUGAAGUGGGUUCACUUCACUGGUACAUUACAAGAAUUGAAGUCGUGGCUUACAAAUGCACAAAACACCCUGGAGCGUCUUGUAACUCUUGAAAUGACACCUGAGGACAGGAAUACCCAAACAAUUGAACUACAAAGUAAGAUUAAUGAAAAAUUGGCUGUCAUUACAACUUUAGAGGAGGAAGCUGAAGAACUCCUUGAAGGAGAACCAUCUAAUGAUGCCCUUCAGUUCAGUGGUGAACUUGGUGAACUAAAGAUGAACUUUAGCAGUUUAAGCAGACAUACAGAGAAGCAUGCAGAGACUGUACAAAGUGAUCUAAGACACUGGAAGGAUUAUCAGAAAGAACUUAGAGAAAUAAAGCCUUGGUUGGAAGUUGCUGAAACCAAAGUUGCUGUUGGACUAGGUAAACCCAACUCAAUGCAAGAGGCAAUCCAGUAUUCUGAGCAAGCAAAGGAAUUUGAGAAACAGUGUGAUGACUGUUUGGAAAAGCUUCGCUCAGUUUCUUCUAAGAGUGCUCAAGUGGCACGCAUCUGUCCAGUUGUUGAUGAAAUAGAUGCUCUUCAUUCCCGAUGGGCUGCAAUUCAUGAUGUUGCUUUGCAAUGGAGUGAAAAAUCAGAAUCUCUUCUUCUUGAAUGGGAAGAUUUUAAUCAUAAAUGUGAUGCUGUAUCUUCAUGGAUCCAUCAAGUGGAGGAACGUUUAGAAAAAGCUAGUGAGUAUGCUCCUACAGUGUUCCGCCUUGAAGACCGACUGAGUACCCUUAAGGAUGUUGUCAAAGAGAUUGGUGAAAAACAGACGGAUGUUAUAAAUCUCACUGGUGUUGGAGACCACAUUGUUACCAGCAUGGGAAAUGAAGGAAGUGCCUCCAUCAAGUCCACAAUAAUAGAUCUGAAGAAUAUGAUUACAAAGUUAAGUGAUGAAGUGCAUAAAAUGAAAAAUGAACUCUCAGAUGUGGCAAUUGUUCGUCAAGAAUUUGUUGCUAAAGUGGAAAGCCUUGAAUCAUGGUUAAAUAACUUCAGCAACCAGUUAGAUGAACUUGAAGACAUAGAUGUGGAUGAGCUGGAUGGCUGCCCAGACACAGUGCAUCGCUUACAGCAGGAACACGAUGAAAAGCAAGAUGAAGUCACAGCUCUAGCAGAGGAGUGCCGGGAUGUAGGGGACCGGUGCACGGGACGGGACCGUGAUGACCUCUUUACACAGUUUGAUGAUGCAGAGGCCAGAUUCGAGGGUUAUGGGGAAUUGAUCAUGACCAAAAAACCAGCACUUCUCAAAUGGAAAGAGUUUUGGGAAUGGCACAAUAAUACUGAUGAUGCAUUAAAAGGCAUUAGUCAGCAACUUGAGACUAAGAUAAAUCUUGAUAACCUGACACAGAUAAAGAAAGAACUAAGAAACCUUCAAGAGCAGUGUCGCUCAUGGGAUGAAGAGUCUUCUGAUCUUGCAGACCUAUUUAAUAAAGCUUCUGUGACUGUGAGAAAUCCAGACACUGGAUCUGUAUUAGAAAUAGAAAGCAAUGUGAGUGACUUUAAAAAGAGAAUGGAUCAAGUGGAGAGUAAUCUUGAUGACAAACAAGAUGAGUUGCAGGAAGUGAAUAACUUAUGGGAUGGAUUCCAUAAAGCCCAAAAUACAUUAAGUGAGUUUUUAGACAACAUAAACAACAGAGUUACAGAUGAGGAACUCAUCCAGAGCACAAAUGAAGGAGUCCAAAAUCUGUUAGAAACUAUUGAAGAAUCCCUCAAAGAAAUAAAAUCAGAGCUUAAAACAAAGGAUAAGUUGCAUGAUUUAGGACGCAACCUGAUGUCCUGUGACUCACCCCAAUUAGUGUCCAUCCAGAACAUCCUGACAGCAGUGGAUGGUCGCUGGGACAGAUUACAAAAUAUGUUGUAUGAAAUGCAGGCCAAGUUUACUGGUAUUGCUUCCCUGUGGAGGCAGUGUAUAGAGGGACAAGAAAGUCUGCAAAAUGCAACUACAGAAGCACAAGAGAACAUUGAGACCCUUGAAAAUACAUCCAUAGAAGCUGGUAGUGUUCAAACAAUGAUUAAUCUUUGUAAAAAGACAACAGAUGCACUUCGUAAAACCAGACCUCAGCUGGAAAAUUUCAUCACGAAAUCACAGCAUCUCUGUCAACAGCUGGAAAGUGUGGAAGGGUUUGACUCAAGUGAUGUGCAUAAACAAGCACAAGAAGUUCAAAAUAAAUGGCAGAGUAAAAUGGAUCAUCUCAACCAAUUGUCACAGAAUCUUGAAGGACAACUUGCUCUUUGGAAGCAAAUUUUACAAGGUCGUGAUGAACUACUUACUUGGCUAACAGAUAUCACUGAAGCUUUAGAAGAUACUCAAACAAAAGAUAGGGAGAAAGCAUCAGAAAAAUUAGAGAAAUAUAAGAAUAAUUUGCCAAAUUAUGAAGGCAUGUUCCGUACCCUUCAGAGCCGUGCAAAGCAGCUUGAGUCAUUGAAUUAUGGGACUUCAAUUGAUAAGAUUGAAGAAAUAAUUAACUCAGUAACAACUGAAUUUGAGGAAGCUGAAGCUUCUGCUUCAAAACUUAGUGCACUACUUGAUGAAAUAAGUGAACAGGAAGCCAGUAUCAUUGAUGACAUUAAAGAAAUCAGUGAAGCCUUAGCUCACAUUCGUGACCGAGUAAUGAAAUGUGAAGAUGUUACAGGUGAUGAUAAAAAGAUUCUUGCCCGCUUAGAUGUUGCCAGAAAAAUUGAUGAUGAACUUGAAGAAUAUGCUGAGAAAAUCAAGACCAUUAAGUCUGAUAUUGAAGAACUCAAGGAAAGUUUCAAAGGUUUUGAAGCCAGCAAAUUAGCAAAGGAAUUUGUAGCUCUUGAAAAGAAAUACGAAGUUAUAGAAACACAGUCAUCGAAAGCUUAUACAAAUCUUUACUAUGUAAUUGAGAAACAUUACAAAGAUAGACUUAAGUCACUUCAGAGAUUUAUUGAAGUUCACAAAGAAAAAAUUGUGUGGUGUCAAGGAGAACCAAGUAAUGAUAGAUAUGGUGUUGAAGCAAAACUUUCUGCAUUAUCAGACAUAAAAGCAAGUUUGAAACUUGGUUCUGCAAAGAAGAAGGAGGUUGUCACAAGCCAAGACCUGUACGAGCAAAUAGUAGAUGAUGAAGAUAUUGAAGAGGUACAAAAUGAAUGUGAAGCAGCCUUCACAGAAUUGAAGGAACUAGAUGACAGUCUUGCUGAGUGUCAGACUUCCUUGAAUGAAGCCUUGGCUCUGUGGCAGCAGUACGAAUUGAUGACAGAGAAUCUGAGUUCCUGGUUGAAGGAAGCUGAAUCACGUAUGCGUACUGAAACCAUGAACCAGAUUGAUAUAAGUAUGGUUCAAGAGAAGAUUGAAGAAACUGAAGCUCUUCUAGAGGAAGUGAAUAGCCAUGAUGAUGAACUAUAUGAACUCAUGGAAAAGACUGAAGAACUUAUAGAGAUCAACACUGACUGUAGGGCAGGAGAAUAUGCCAAUCAGUUACAGAGCAGGAUGCAAGCACUUGUUAAGUUUUGUAAUACAUUCCUAAGUAAACUUAAUCAGUUAACUAAAGAUCAAAAACUUUAUGGGGAAACUAUUGUAAAAAUGGAGCAAUGGUUGAAAGAUGCCGAAGAGAAACUCAAGGGCUUUGAGCAGCUGACCCGUGGAGGAGGAAAACCAACUGUGGCUUAUCAGUCCAAACUGCAGAGUUUGAAGUCUUUUAUUGAAGAAAAGAAAAAUGGCCAGCAUUUGUUGAAUGCAGUGGUAGAACACGGAGAAGAUUUAUUCUCUGCCAUCACACCCGAAGGACGAGAAAAGAUACGAUCAGAUCUCAGAAAGCUUAGAGAUACCUGGGAGGCUCACCUGGAUAAAGUGAAUCAGUUGUACAAACGUGUUGAAAGUAUAAUAAUGCAAUGGUCCUCUUUUGAUGACAACUUUAGUCAAGCAUCCAAGUGGUUAGAGGAAACUCAGAGUAGAGCUGGAGCUGAAUUUGAAUUAAAGCCAACUUUGUCUGAAAAGAAAGCACAACUGCAACAGUACAAAACUAUUUAUCAAGAUAUAAAUUCCCAUGAAAGCAUGAUAUAUGGGCUAAAAGAAAAAGUAGAAUUUUUGACAGAUGAGGAGACUUCAGAGACUGUAGAUGACAUGAUUGAUCAGUAUCAGGAAAUGGUAUCAGAGACUCAAAGAAGGAUUGGCCUCUGUGAGGAAUAUAUACAGCAACAAGAAUCUUUCCUCUAUCAUUUAGAGAAGUUUAGAGAUUGGCUUACUUCACAGAAGGCAGAACUAUCUAUGUGUUCUGAUGUUUCACCUGAAAGUAGUGAUGCACAGAUGAAGAUGAACAUUCUUGAUUCACUUGAAGAACAUGAAGAAGAGGGACAGGUACUUGUAGAUAUGUGUGAGAAAAGCUUAAAGUUAACUUUAAAAAAUACUGAACCAUCAGGGCAUACAGCAAUUAAAGGAGAUCUUGAUAUACAAAAGAAAUGCUGGCUAACUUUGCAGUCUGAUAUAACUGAGGGCAAAAGGAAGUUGCUUGAAGUCAUGUCUCAGUAUAAUGAAUGUGAAGACAAGGUUCAGACGUUGAAGAACUGGAUAAAAAGUAUUGAAAUUAGAGUUAAAGAUCAGUCCCUCAAAAGCAACCUAGAGGCAAAGGAGAAUCAUUUUGAUCACCUUAAAGAACUAGAAAAGGAGAUCAUUGACAAAGGACCAGAAAUCAGUGACGCUCUGUCACAGGCUCAGAACAUUGACAGUGAAGGAAAACAUGCUGUUCAGAUAUCUCAGAUAUUCUCUCGCUAUCAGGCUCUCAAGAAUGCACUGAAGGAGAUGAUAAGUAGGUAUGAACAAUUUAUACGUGAGCAUAGAUCAUUUUUGGAGAAGUAUGAAGAAUGCACAGAGUGGGUUGAUGCUCUGGAUCAUGAUUUAAGAGAACAUGCUGAAGUUGUGGGUGACAUGAAGAUUCUACAAAUGAGACGAAAGAAAGUAGAGCAACUCAUUGAACUGAAAUCAAGCCAAAGUAGCAAGGUUGAUGCUGUGCUUGAGCUGGGUGAGCGACUAUAUUCACACACAGCUCCCGAUGGCCGGGAAAGCUUGCGCCAGAGUCUGCGGGAUUUGAGAGAGAGGUGGGAAGGCUGGUGUGAGUCAGUUACCAGUGCUGGCUCUACCCUUGACCAGUGUCUACAGCAGUUCUCAGAUUUUUCAGGAGCACAGGAGCAGCUCACUCGCUGGCUUCGGGAUGUAGAACUUGCCAUGCAGCAACACACUGAGUUGAAGAAUUCCCUCCAGGAGAAAACAGCUCAGCUGCAGAACCAUAGACUUGUCCAUCAGGAAAUUCAGGCUCACCAGAGUCUUGUGGAAAUGGUGUGUGAGAAAGCCCAAGCUCUUGUCAAUCAGACACAGGACAAGACACUAAAUGUGUACAUACAAUCAAUUCAAACUCUCUUCCACAACAUUGUGCUGAAAAGUCGAGACCUGCAGGACAAGUUGGAGCUGUGUGUGCAGGAUCAUGGUCAGUUCAACUCAUUGUGCAAGAGCUUUGGUGACUGGCUGAAUCUACAGCGUGACCAGCUACACCUGUGUGCCGAUGUGUCAGGUGAAAAGUCUGAUCUUGUCAAAAAGCUGGACAACUUGAAGGACCUAGAAACAGUACAUGGUACUGGGGAGAAAAAAUUGACAGAAUUACGCAAACUUGGCGAAAAGGUUUCACUGAGCACCUCAGAACGAGGUGGGAAGGCCCUCAAAGCCACAGUUACAUCCAUGGAAGAUGCCUGGAACCAGCACAUUGCAAACGUUGAUGAUGUUCGGAACAACCUGAAAACAACCCUUGAACAAUGGAAGAGGUUUGAGGAUAUUGAGAAACAUUCCUCUUGGUGCAAAGGAAUGGAGUCAUUCUUUAAAGAUCAACCUCUCUGUGCCACCCUUGAGGAGAAGCAAGCUCAAACUGAAGUCUUGUCUCAGAAGCGGGAGGAAGUUGUUCAGUACGAGAGGGAAAUUGAUAUAUUUGUUGACCAGAGUCAUGCACUUGUCCGUGUCUCCAAUGUUGACCGGCUGAAGCCACUCAUCACUCAGCUGAGCAACAAGUAUCAGAGCUUACAUGUCCUCACCAAGGAAGCUGUUACAAAGUGGAGAGGUAUUGUGACAGAUCAUGAGGCAUUUGAAGAGAAGUUUGAAGAAAAUAGUAAAUGGUUAGACAAAGUUGAAGAAGCUUUGGAUGAAUAUCUCAGAGAAACAGAUCCUGAGAAAAAGAACAUCCAGUUGCAACACCUCAUGAGUGAACGUGAGCAAGUUACUCACCGCCUGGCUUCCAUAACUACCAGUGGUGAGAGACUCUACCCAGACACUGCUACAAAUGGCAGAGAAAAGCUGCGGCAAGACUUGAGGGGCAUGCGUGAGCACUGGGAGAAGCUUGAGGAAUCCAUGAUGAAUGAACAGCGCAAACAAGAAGCUCAAUCCAUGCAAUGGUCUUCCUUCUCAGACAGCAUCCAGACAGCCCGCAACUGGCUGGACAACAUGGAAAAGACGAUUGUUGUUGAUCCCUCCAAUUGGUUAUCACUUCAGGAACUUCGAUCAAGGCUACUUAAGUUGAAGACGACCCUUCAAGACAUCAUCUCACACAAGCGAGUGUUGGAUACUGUGAAGGAACGUGCUGGCCACUUGCUGCUGGCAUCUCCGAGCAAUAAAGAAGUUAUGGAAUCAAUGAAAGAAGUGGAGCACAGGCAUGAGAUCCUCUCUUCAAAGACCAAGAAAAACAUUGAAGACUUAGAGUGGCUAACAGACAGCCUUACCACACACCAGGACCUCUCAUCCUCCCAGUCUGAGUGGCAAAAGGAAAUGUGGGAAAAACUUCAUUCUCUUACUGAUUACUCUGGAAACAAAACUCAACUACAGCAGCGCCUUGACCGGGUGACUGAGCUAGAGGGUGGCAAAUGUGACGGCAGGAACAUGAUUGCUCAGAUUGGUGCUCAUGCCAAUCAGCUGAUGGCUAAACUCCCUGCCAGAGCGAAAGAAACACUGGAACGUGACAUCAAUGGGAUGAAAUACGAGAUGGCCAAGUUUGCCAGCACUCUUGCUGAUGUGAAACAUGGCCUGGAAGAGAGACUGCAGCAGUGGACAGAGUAUGAAGGCACCUUUGAUCGCAUAAUUUCAUGGCUCAAUGAAUCUGAAGCAUUGCUGAAAAAUUAUGGCCCCAAAAAUACCCUCCAGGAAAAGACUGAUCAGCUAGAUCGCUUCCAGGAAUUCCUGCGAGUAGUAGAUAGCCGGCAUAUGCUUGUGCACGAAUUCAUUGCAAUUGCUGAUAAUCUUGAACAAGGCCUUGUCUUCAGCAUCACACAAAAUCAGGUUGAGAUUGACAAGAUGAGUGAUGAUUCUUCUGACCUGGUGGGAAUUUCUGGUGACACUCGAAUCUCUGUUAACGUGCAGCAGAUCACAUCCAGGUUCAAGGCCAUCCAAGUCACUUCCAAGGACAUCUUGAAGAAAUGUGAAAGUGCUGUGAGUGACCAUAAGGCUUUCAUAGACAAGUACAACCAGAGUGUUAGCUGGCUAACAGCAGCACAGGAUAAAUUAGCCAGAUGUGUGGAAAUGCAGGGAGACAGAAGCACUUUACGCAAGAGAAUGGAAAUAGGAAAUGAAUUGCUAGGAGAAAAACAGACUGCCUUAUCUCUAUUAAAUACAACUGUAGAACUAGGAGAGAAAAUCUACCCUUCAACCUCAGAAGAUGGUAGGGAAGCCAUAAGAAUUCAACUGGAGGACCUACAGGGAACAUUUGAUACCCUGUUUGACAGUUGUGCCACAAUGGAAAGAGACCUUCAGAAUAAGCUGAGCCGAUGGACCACCUUUGAAGAAGCAAGUGAGCAACUAAAAUUGUGGCUGAAAGAGACCCAGGCUCAAAUACCUGAUGAAAUUGAACUUAAAACAACCCUAGAUGAAAAGCGAGCUCAACUGCAAACCUACAGAGUUCUUGUGCAUGACAUUCUUGCAAAGCAGCAGACUCUUCUAGACGUGCGAGACAAGGCUGAGAGCCUUCCAGAGAGGUCUGAUCGUGUAAAAUCAUUUUUGGAAACAGCAUCAGCCCAUCAUCAAGAAAUGCUUACUCGUAUUCAGUCAUAUCUAGAGCAAUAUGAGGGCAUUGUUAGUGACCACCAGCAAUAUAGCAAGGCAGUUUUUGAGACACAAGAGUGGCUAGAAGCAACUCAUCACCAAGUAGCAAUGUGUGAUGAGUCUCACUGUGAUCACAUAACUCUUCAUGCUAAUCUGGAAAAACUCAAAAACCUUCAGCUCAGUCUUCCUGAAGAAGAACCCCGAAUAAAUCAAAUAAGAACACUUGGAGAGAAAGUAAUCCCAGGCACAGUAGAGUCUGGCCAGAUUUAUGUGCGUAAUCAAAUUGAUUUAACACAGCAGGAAUGGCAAGGUCUUGUGUCCACUGUCUCUUCUACCAUAGAGAAGCUUGAAGCUACAUUAUGCCAGUGGGGAGACUUUGAAUCAAUGAAGGAUGCCAUUCAAAAGUGGCUGCGUGAAACAGACAAUAAGCUUCAUGCUAUUAAUCUGAAUGUUACUUUGUCAGAAAAACAGGUAACUCUUGAAAUUUUAAAAUCUCUACAAGGUGAGGUGCGAGCCAAAGAAUUGGAAAUUGACCAGCUGACAGAACGAGCCCAGAAUCUGUACCAGGGAAGCAACUCUUCACGUGGCUCACAAGUCAGUGAAUUGUGUGCUCGCUACCAGAGAAUAUCUAAAAAGGUGAAAGACGUCCACUCUCGAUGGCACCAGUAUGUCAGUCAUCAUGCAGACUUUGACAGCAGAGUUACUGAGUGCCAUAACUGCUUACAAGACAUUAAGAAGAAACUUAGCUAUUGUUCAGAUCUCUCAGCUACCUCUCAAGAAGAUCUAGAUAAGAAAAUGGAAACUAUCCAAGAUCUUCUGUUAUAUAAGGAGGAGGGUUUCUCAAAGGUUCAAGGUACAGUGGAACUUGCUCAGACUGUCCUAGCUAACACAGCUCCACCUGGUCAUGAAAGAAUCAAUCAGGUAGUUGAAAAUUUGCAGCAAGACUGGAGUACUCUUGCCUCAAAAAUGGUGGAAACAAAAACAUACUUAGAUGAAACUAUUCAUCGAUGGGCAGGCUUCCUGGAGAACAUCCACCAGCUUAACAAGACCAUUGAGCAUGUUGAGCAUACCUUGUCUGAUGUAAGCCAAUUCCAAUCAACACUCUCAGAAAAAAGAGCUCAACUGGAAAGGCUUAAAAGCUUAGAGGAAAAACUUAGAUGUGAAAAGUAUGAAGUUGAAAGUCUAAAAGUCAAAGCUUCAGAAAUGUUAGCAAGUGGACAGCAAGCUCAGGCUGCAUCACAAGCACAACACAUCCUAAGGCAGUUUGAGAACCUGUCUGACCGCAUCAAGUCUUUGCGUGGAGAGCGGGAGACACAGUACCGGGAUCACCGGCAUUACAAGGAGGCAUAUGAUGACCUGCAUGCCUUUGUUAACCGUACCCGUGACAAGAUUCCAGCGUUGAAGCAAAAGAAUUUAGGAGACAGACUUUCAAUUGAGACAGCUGUGCAAGCUCUGGACACCUUGUUGACCCGACAGGCCCAGGGGCAAAUAUUGGUAGAUCAACUGAUGCAUCGAGGAGAAGUGUUUUUACACUCCACCUCUUCUUCUGGCCAAGACAACUACAAGAAUGAGAUGCGGGCUGUGAAAGAGAGCUUUGAGGAGGUUUUCAAAGAAAUUUCCAAGCAAAAACAGAACCUUGAAAAAACUGUGAUUCAGUGGCGAGAUUAUAAGGAUGAACAUGAGAAACUUUCAGAUUGGCUACAAAAGGCAGAUGCUGAUAUGAAGGCUUACAAAACCAUGUUGUAUGCCAGUAUUGGUGAGAAGACUCAACAAGUAAACAAUGUUAAGGAUCUGUUAGAAAAUCUAAACAAGCAUGAACCUCAAUUGAAAAAGCUGAAUGAUCUAUCCAAAACCUUACAAGAAACUCACCUUGAUUCUUAUGUACAAAAUCAGAUGCGUCAUCUGAACUCAAGGUACCACGUGUUGGUAAACAUGGCCAAAGAUGUCCUUAGAAAGGUGGAGGCCAGCUUUGACCAGCACAAACAAUAUGAAAACAAUAUGAAGAAAGCACGAGAAUGGAUGGACAAUGCCCAGAUGGUUGUCAGGGACUGCAUGGAUAUGUCACCAGAUUCUGGAAAAGAAAGUAUUGAGCGACAUCUAGAUAUGAUUCAAGCAUUGAUGAGGAAACAGGAAGAAGGGCAGUCAUUAGUUCACCAUGCUGUCAACUGGGGAGAGAAGGUACUGCGCAACACACGUUCUGAUGGUCGGGAUGCCAUCAAUGACUCUAUGGAAAGCUUACAGAGUGACUGGGACAAACUCAUCAAGAAGUUAUCUAAUGCAAAGGUGUCUUUAGAGACUAACCUUCUACAGUGGGCUGAUAUGAGUGCCUCAUACAACAAUAUGCAGCAGUGGAUAAGUGAAAGGGAAGCAAAGCUUCAGCAACUCACUUCAGCAGUGACUGCUGCCAACAAAAAGACCUCAGGACUCUCUCACAGAGUAUCCUCCCUGACUAUUGGGGAGCGCAAGGCUAAUCUUCGACGAACUAAUAGCAUCGUGCAGGAUAUAGUUUCCUUUGAGCCAAUGAUUGAGUCAGUGACAUCUAAAGCUACAGAGAGUCAAGCCAGCCAGAUGAAGAGCAAUGCAUCAGAAAUCUCCAAUAAGUACCACAAUUUGAGUAAACAGGCAAAGGAACUGUUAGAGAAACAGAAGGAUAUGGUUGACCACCAUCAAGAAUUUGUUGAUGCAGGUAAUGAAUUUAUGCACUGGCUCAGAGCUGCCAAAGAGAGGAUGGCUAAAUGUGCAGAGCCAACUGGGGACAAAGACACUAUAAGUGGCAAGGCAACUGUUCUUAAGAUGUUGCAGAAUGAACAGGAGGAAGGACAAAAGAAGUUGGAUAAGGCUUUCACUCUGGCAGAAAAAGCAUGUAAUCUAGCAGAUGAUGAGGACAAGGAGGUGAUAGAAGAAGAAGUUGCAUUUCUGCAGGAUGAGUUUGAUAAUUUCUUGGGACAAGUUGGUAAAACAAAGAAUCUUCUUGAGAUGGGCAUAGUCAAGUGGACAGAAUAUGAAGACAAAUUUAGGGAAUGUGAGGAUUGGCUUGGCAAAAUGGAUAAAAAGGUUCAGAGUUACAAUAAGCUCCAAAAUACUGUUCAAGAAAAGAGAGCAGUGUUGGAAGAAUUCCAAGGAACCUUACAGAUGAUAUUUGAUUGGCAGAAGACUCUUGAUCUAUUGAAUAUGCGUGCACAGCUGUUGCUCGAGACUUGUGCUGACUCUCGUGUGAGUAAUGCAGUCACACAGCUCACCACUAAGUAUAACACAUUACUGUCCCUCGCUAAGGAAGUAAUGAGGCGUCUAGAGAUGCAUUUCCAAGAACACCACCAGCAUAACCAACUCUACAGUGAGUGCAAUGAAUGGAUUGAAAACACUCGCAGGAAACUCACUGAUGUUUAUGGUGAAGCUACAAGCUUGGUAGAACUCAACAAACAGUUGACUGCUGUGAAAACUAUCAAGAACACUUUGGAAAAUGGCCAGCACAAACUUCGUUAUGUUUUGGAGCUUAAGGAAAGGGUGAUAAUGAACACAGAGCAGCAAGGUGCAACGAGAAUACAAGAAGAUACAGAAAGUGUACGCAAAGAUUUUGAAAAAUUAAUGGCAGACAUAUACAGUUUCCAUCAAAGUGUAACUACAAAAAUCUCAAGACGAGAAGAGACAGACAAGAUGCGUGAUACUGUUGCUGAGUGGCUGGAAGAACUCAACACAAAGGCCUGUGAGCAAGGUGUGGUCUUCAGUGAACUCAGCGAUAAGCGCGCUGCGCUAGAGAAGUACCGCAUCCUCCUGCGUGACAUUGUGGCUCACUUUGACAUGGUGGAACGUCUUGCUGGGAAGACAACUGAUGAGGGAUACUCUCAGGAAGAGAUAGAUGAAUGUUUGAAUAAAUAUGACAACAUAAAGAAAAAGGUCAUGGAUAAUAUCAAAACUCUUGAAGUGUAUGUCAAAGAACAUGAGUCCUACCACUGUGCUGUGAUGGAAGCUAAUGACUGGCUGAGGAAGACCCGUAUCACAAUGCAGCAGUUUGCUGACAGCCAUGGGGAGAAGAAAGAGGUGAUUGAAAAACAGCAGCAACAGGAAGACAUUGCUGAAGAGUUAAUUGAAGGUGAAGAACUAAUAGAUAAGGCCAUUGAUCUCAACAAAGCUCUGAGGGGUUCUACAUCAAAGGAAGGACAGGAGACACUGUGCAGUGAAGCCAACAGUCUGCGCAUGGAGUGGGAGUCUCUGCAGCAGAUGAGCAUUGACAUCCGCCGUACUAUGGAGAAGUGCCUGCAGACAUGGAAUGAGUUCACAGAGAGCCACAAGGACUUCUCUGACUGGCUUGAACACUUCCAGCAACAAAUGAAAAAUGAACCUGAGGAGCCCACACCGGAAGACCUUGAGAACUGGAAGAAAUCUUUGCAGGAGCUUCUUGAGGAGGCAAACGCUAAGAAGGUCCAUCUGGAGGUGCUCAAUGACCGAUGUGAGGUGCUAAUGGACUACAGUGCCCACACCCCUGUGAGGGACAUGACUGUUCAGCUCCAGGCAGCCUACACCAAUGCCCUCACAAAUCUACAGAGUCUGGUUGUGGUGGCACAGAAGACUUUGACAGACCACACAGAAUUUAUCACUUCAAAAGCUGAAUUUGAAGAAUGGCUAGGGCGUGCCCAGGGUACAGUCAAUGACUGCCAGGAUGAUGAGGGCUCUGAGGCUGAGAUCAGAGACAAGCUCCACACUGUCAAACUGGUGUCAACAAGAGUGUCUGAAGGUCAGCACCUCCUUGGGGUGAUGUCUGAUAACUACACUCAGGCUCUCAACCUCACCCAGCUGGAUCAGCAGGACACCAUUCGUAAAGACUUUACAAAACUAAGAAAUGCUUGGGACCAGUUUAAUAUUUCACUCACCUCAACUUUGUCAAACCUUAAGAGUGCUGUAAAUCGAUGGGAAGAGUUCAAUGAAUCCCAGAGCAGAUUAGAUGCUUGGCUAGUGGAAGUGGAAGAGAUGCUUGUGGAGACACCAGACUCUCGUGGUGAGGUGGCUGAAAUGAAGACUUUUGUGGAGCGCUACAAGCACCUUUCUCUCCAGAUCCAGGAGAAGGAAGAAGAGGUUCAAGCUCUUAUUGAUGAAGCAGAAGAUUUUUCAGAAAAAGCUUCUGAUAAUGAUAUCUUAACACGGAUGGAAGAGGCAGAGGCUAAGUGGAGUCGCCUCAAUAGUCGGUGUAAUGAGAUUAUAACUAAGCUAGAGGAAGAGAUUUCUGACUUCAGUGAGUAUCAGUUUGCCUUACAGGACACAGAGAAGUGGCUUCUUCAAAUCAGCUUCCAACUUAUGGCAGAAAAUGCCCUGUACAUUUGCAAUAGGGAACAGACAGAAGAACAGAUUGAGAGCCACAAUGAGCAAGUGGAUGAAAUAGUUGAAUAUCAGCAAACUCUGGAAGAAGUGAAAAACAAGGGCAGAAAACAGAUUGAUCGUUACAUUGGAACAGUGCCAGCCAUUCAAGAUAAGAUUGAGCACCAGCUUCACAAUAUUCAAGAAAGCUAUGACUCAUUGCUGAGCACAGCUACUCACAUACAGAAACGCCUCAAUGAAUCCUUGGCUAAAUUUGAGGAGUAUGAAGCUACGCUUGAGUCAAUUGAGAAAAAUUUGGAGGAAUGGGAACCUAUUAUUGCAGAAGAAAAUGACACCACCAUCCAAACAAUGGAGGAGGCCAAGUACCACCUGGAAUGUACAAGGUCCUGGCACAGUAAGUUGUUGGGAGAGAAGUCCCGGCUGGCCUUUGCAGUGCAGGCAUGUGAAGCAGCCACUGCCUCCAUCUCCCGACCCAGCUCCCCCCAGGAUGUCAUUUCCCAGUCCAUCCCUGAGAAUGAACUUGCUGUUAGAUCCAAGCUGGAAGAUCUCAUUGAACAGGUCCAAGCCAGAGUAUCAACAAUUAGCAGUUCAGUGAACGAGUUAGAGGAGCUUGGCCGCCAAAAUGAUGCCAUCAAGAAGUGGAUUGAAGAAUACCACAUCAUUGUGCAGGAUUUUAAGAGCCGCCCUGCCAAGUUACGGUCUGAAGCUUCAUCACAUGAAAUAUCUCAGAUGAAUGACCUCCGCACUAAAAUCAUGGAGAAGCAAACUAAUUUGGAUGAGCUGGAAAUAAAGCAGAUGAACUUGGCUCCUGACAUUGCAGAAUCGGAUAUUCGUGAACAAAUGAACCAACUGGAAGAGGAAGUAACUAACCUAAUUGAUUCACGUACUGUUGUCAUUCAACAGAUUGAAGAGUACAGAAGUAAACUUCAGCAGGUCUAUUGUUGGUUUGACACAAUUAUCAAGCAACUGGAAAAAUGUGAUAAGAGUGAAAACUUUGAUUCUGGUAAGAAGUCCACUGAAGUACAGAAGUUAUGGAGUCAGUUUGAAGAUGCUCACUCAAUGCUGGAGGAGCUCAAAGUAAAAGCUGGAGAAAUUAUGGUUGAGCUUUCCAGUUUGGAUGUUCAGCAAGUGGAAGAACAACUGAGAUCAGUUGAGAAGAAAUACACAGACUUACAGAAGCGUGUUGGGAAGAAGAUGCAAGUUAUUGAAAUGACAAGAAAAGGUUAUGAAGAUUCCAAGAAUGACAUCCUCAACUUGCAGACAUGGCUAAGAGAAAAGCUAGAAUAUACCAGGAAUCUUCCUCUCCUAGGGUACACCAGCAAGGCAACAGAAGCCAAGUUAUUGGAGAUCAAUGAUCUUUCCAAAGAGGUCUCAUCAAAGAGAAUUUUGAUCACACAACUUGAGAAAGCAGUUGAGAACUUGAAGGGUGACAUUGAAGAUUCUGAAAUCCUCAAACUUGAGAACAUAUUGAGUAAGAUAACAGAGGAACAAAGAAACAUUUACUCUUCUGUAAUGGAAAUUAAGAAUGACAUGAUUGUGUCAUAUGAAGAACGACGAAGCUUUGAACAGUCCUUAGAUCAGGUGCGGGCAUGGAUCAGUGGCAAAUCUGAUGAAGUGGUUUGCCCAGAACUCCUGCCUCUUAAGUCAGAAAAUGCAGAACGUAUUGUUGAAAAAUACAGACGAUUAGAUACAGAAUUAAAGCAAUAUGCAGAAACAAGUGUUGCUGGUGUUAAAAGACAAGGAAGUGCACUGUUUAAGGAUUGCACAGAUGAAGAAAAAGAGGAUUUGCACGACAUUUUGACAGAAAUAGAUGACAAGAUGAAUAAUGUCCGUCAAACAAUGUCUGGAACACUAAAUCGCCUCUCUAAUCUUUUAGAAGCAAGACGUGACUUUGAGAAAGAAGUUGACAUUGCACAGAAAUGGCUUCAUCAGGCUGAGGUUGCUUUGCAAACUGAUACUAAGAGCCUCAACACUGCUGAGGUUCUGGCUGAGCAACUGAAAAAGCUAGAGACUAUGGAAGAUGAACGUGAAUCUGCAAACAAACGAGUGACCAGCAUUGCCAACUUGUGUGAAGACCUGUUACCUUAUAUAACAGAGACAGAUAAGUUUAGCUUGGGAGAAAUUGUGGCUGAUGUUCAAGACAAAACUGCAAGGGUUAACAAUUCCAUCAGUGACAAAACAGAACAGGUUCGCAAUACUAUUACACUUCUCCGACGCAACAAAGAACGCAUUGUUCAAACAACUCAGUAUUUCUCCUCCAUCCAGAAGGAAAUUAAAGCUCUCAAUAAACCUGUGGGUCGCACUGUAGAUGAAGCUCAGAAGCUUCUAACCUCAUAUCAGGAAAUACUGAGCAAAUUGAAUGAUUUCAGGAAGAACCUUGAUGGGGUUCCCUCUGGAACAGAUGUUAGCAUUGGGGAAAUGCGUGACAUUAUGAAGCAGCAGCAAGAUCUCAGUCAGGUUGUAGAAAAACACAUUAUGAGGGUCCGUCAGCAGAUCCUGGUGAGGCAGCAAUACAUGUCUCUCUUCACAGAGAUCAUUGGAUUCACUAAUCGAUACAAAACUGUUGUGAAGGACAUCGAACAAACUGAAAAAACAGUUAAUGACAAGCUUCGUAAAUAUGGUCUUGUAAUAACUAAGAUACAGGAAUGUGAAGCUCAGUUGACAUCUGCACAAGAUAAAGGCUCAAUAAUCAGUGAAGAAGGAACUGUUGAGGAUCACAAUGCCAUCAUGGAACAGCUGCAACUUAUUAAAAAUAACCUCAGCGCUCUUCGUCGUGAAGUAGAAAAGCGGCACUCAGAACAUGAAGUAUCAGCUGAGAGUCACAAACGCAUCCACAUCGAACUAAACACAACCAUGGAAUGGCUGUUGGAGCAAGAGUCUGAGCUGAAGACUCGGCCACUUCUUACACUGGAAGUGGAGAGUGCCAAUGAAGAGAUUGAAACUCAUGAAGAACUUGCAAAUGACAUUGAGGAACAGUUAAAGAAGAUACGCACCAUCCACGGAAAAGCAAAGUCUGAAACUGGUCUGCCAUAUUUCUUGCAGGAAAGACUGUCAGAAGCAAAAAUGAUUCUGUCUACUUUCCCACUAGAGUUAGACUCUAGACUGAAGUAUCUUCAAGAUGAAAAGAUGCUUCGACUUGACUAUGAAGAUUUUGUGUCCAAAAUUAAUGAUUGGAUCAGCAAGGCUCACAAACGAAUUGUUGACAUUGAUUGUGUUGAUUUUGAUAAUGUGCAGGCAGAUCUUGAAGACCAUCUAGCUUUCUUCUCAAGUGAAGGUUUGAUAGGUGAGUCUCUUGAACAGCUUGGUAACAUUGCUGAGCGCAUUGUUCCAUCCCUGACAAACGAAGAUCAAGACAGACUUACCCAUGAACUUUCACAGCUGACUAAAGAUCUUGAUCAUGUUACUAAGUCAGCCAGGGACCACAAAUCACAGCUUGAGAAAAAUGUUCAACUUGCAUUGGAUUAUAGCAAGAUUUUUGAGCAGGCCAGAAGCCUCAUAGAAGAUGCCAGUAUCAACACUCUUACAAGUGAUAGUGCCAUUAAUGUGGCAGCAUUAAGAGUGAACUUGCAAAGAAUGGACGAAGAGCGGAUGCGCCUCUAUGACCAGAGCCACAUUAUUUCUGACUUUACUGAAAAGGCUAAUGAGCUGCUGCAGCAUGCAAAUAAGACUAGUCAAGUGACUAUAGGCAAUCAACUCCUGGAAAUAACAAAAGAGUGGAAGUAUGCAAUGAGCAACAUGGAGAGUCGCCGUGAAGCACUGGCAUCCCUCAUCAGCCAGUGGCAAGACUAUGAUGUAGCUGUGAGGAGCCUGGAGGUGGGUCUGGACAACCUGGAGCAGCGUCUCAACAAGGAUUUGGACACUACCAUCACAGACAACCAGGACAUGGAUGCUGUCAAGGACACAAUCCAGUCUCUGGAAGAGGAGGCUGAAGACUUUGAGGAGGAGAUUGAGAGCCUACAAGGGCAGGCUGAAGUGGUGCUCCAGUACUUGCACACUGUCAGUGCCGUCGCCUACACCACUGCCAAGGAGAAGCUUGAAAGACUCCUUCGUCGCCAUCCCGAGUUGGUCGAGAGCCUCCGAGGUAAGCUGACGUGGCUGAGCGGCGAGGCGGCCUUCGUGGAGCACCUUCAGGCUCAGUUGGACGACGCCACACGAGCUUUGCACGACGCCGCUACAGAUAUCGCUGCGCUGGACUUGUAUCACCACGACCACGCCGCCGUCCAGGACAAAUUACUGAGUGUUGGAUUACGUGUGAACCAGACAGCCAGCGAGGCCAAACACCUCAUCGGUAAGACCAAGAGCCACUAUAUUACUGAAGGUCGAUCACUCCCGCAGGACGUCGCAAGUCAAUUGUCAAGUCUUGAGCUAGAGGCAGAAAGUCUUGUAGCAAAGAUGGAGGACGAGCACCAGGAGGCGAAGCGGGCGCGCACCAUUCGUUUCGAGUAUAAUCGAGACGUGGAGUCGGUACAAGCCUGGAUACAGACAGCGGAGGCCAAGGUGCAGGAUAAGAGCGUCGAGCCACACAAACUAAAGGAGUUCUUGCAGGAAAUCCACUGCGAAAUCGGAAGUGUGACGGAUCAGUUGGAGCGUCUGACUCGCCAUGGACACAUGAUCUGUCAACGGACCAGUAACCAGGGCGAGCGAGAACUGGUAGCCAACACCAUUACCUCCCUCACUGAACAACUCCAGCAAGUCAAGAAUUGGCUGGAGGACAAGAAAGCGCAAGUGGGAGACUCCCUGGAAUCAUGGCAACUCUUCAUCCAGCUGUACAACUCACUACGCAGCUGGGUGGAGAGACAACGCAAUUUCCUCUCUGAACCUCUCAAAUUUGCCACUUUACCUGAGGCUCGUGGAAAGCUUCAGGAAUACGCCGCUGCCGUGAAGGACUGCAAGUGGGCCAAUAAACAGGCCGCGGAGAUGACUGCUGAGCUAGCAAAGAUUGGCCAGUGUUCCGAUGUGGGCCCUCUCACGGACAAGCAGGCGGAAAUGGAGCAAGAGAAGGCGGAUGUAGAGAGCAACCUGAAGGAAGUGAUGGCACUGCUACAGGAAAUGGCUGAGGAAUGGGAACAAUGUGAGCGUAAGUCUAAAGAUGUGGCAGGAUGGAUUGAGAAGACGCGUCAGUCGCUAGACAACCCACAAAACAAGAAACGCUCACUGCGUGACCAGCUGGCCAACAGGGAGAAGGUGUUGGCGGACGUCUCCAUACAGAAAACCAAACUGGUGAUGGCGAUGGAGAAACUACAGGUCCACUUCCGUGACCGUAUGUGUGCCGAGGCCCAGGUGUCCCACGAGAACGAGAAGCUGCAGAGGCGCCUGGAUGAGCUGCAGGUGGCCGUGAAGGAGGACUGCCGGACUCUGGAGACGUGCGUGCACCAGAUGGACGCCUAUCAACAGGAGAUCCAGCGCCUCCGUCAGCAGAUGGUUGGGGUGGAGCAGCAGCUGCGCAUCGUGUCCAGCCCCACCUACAGCCCACGCGACCGCGACAAGGCAGUGGCCGAGCAGAACGUGCACCAGGGCCAGUGUGAGUCUCAUGAACGACUCAUUGCCCAGCUCACCGAACGAAUCUACCAGAUUGACCCCUGUGCGGUGAUUCCGACCGAGCUAACUCUAGAAACGACCGAACCAAGCAGUCUAGCUUCAACGCUUGAUACAGCCAGUGGAGAGGAGAUACAGGCUCCCCCUCCACCCUCUAGUGCUGACUCUGAGGUCCAGGUCAUGGUCACCCGUGAGCUGCCCGCCAGUGAUGCUGAUGGUCUGGACUUGGAGGUGAACACCUUGACGGACCCCAACGUGAGGAACAUGCAGCAACACGCCAGCACCAUGCUCACCGCUCCUGAUGCAGGGGUUCAACUCACCUGGGCAGAUGUUGCCGCAGGUCGAAAAAGUCCUGGACUCUUUAGUCAGCCAUGUUUUGAAGAAAUGAACAUGCCCCAAGUUAUGUCUAAGCAACAUGAAGUUCUAGAAACUGAAACACCACUGGAAACCACUCCGGUAUCUACAGCACCAACCUUCACUGGAGAACCAACAGCAGAACAGGGCAUCAUCAUGGAAACAGCUGCUGAAACUACCAUUCUUGAGGAUCCCAUCACCAGCACAUCACACACUGCUGGAUCAACUCACAGAGAUGAAAAACAAAUUUGUGAGCAUAAGAAUCACCAACAACAACCUUCAAAAACUCAGAAACCACCCAGCUUUGACCAAGAUAGCAAGACUCAAAAGCGAACCCAACCACGUGACCGCAGGUAUCGUAAGAAACAACAGGAACAACAGCCUGAGGCUUCCAGUUCUUCAGAUGCUCAGGAUGAAGUUUAUUAUGAUGCCCCAAGUCGAAGAAAUAGUCAAAGGAUGAGCCCCAAGAGAACCCUGUAUUCCAAGCCCAGACCCAGUCCCCGUGAGAGUCCUAAAGAUACUCCAAUGGUAACUCCAAAGACAAGUCCAACUGAAAGUCCAAAAUUAAGCCCUCAAGUUGAGAGGCGUGACAACCCAAGAAUCACUAAACCAGAGUAUCAAGAGCCACUUCAGUCUACAAGUGAGGAAGUUAGGCACCAUAGAGGCUCUGAGCCCAUGAUCUGGGAUGGGAGGAAAACUUAUGCUGAGAUUUUGAAGGGUAGUCAAGAAAUGAGAGCACGCAAAGAGAAACAGCCAGUCAUUGAAGCUCCACCACCACUGCCACCAUCACAAUAUAUAAUUGAUGAGAUGGAGCAGCAACCUACCUAUGUGGAAGUGUCCACCCAAGCCACUGAGAUGUUUGAAGACACUCCUGCCAUCCCUGUGACUGAGCCAAUGCCUCCCCUUGUUGAGAGUUCAGAAUGUUUUGAGGCUCACCAACAUGAAUAUGAGAUGUCUGAAGUGUCAUCUGCCAUUGAGGAAGCUCUUCCACCACCACCAUCACAACCACAACCACAGUCGGUCACUCAGCAGAUACAAGAGGAAACACCAGUUGUUAUGCCACCAUUUGCAGCCUACCUGGAGCAAAACAACUUUAUGCCUGAGAGUGUGGAUAUCACCCAGAGCCAUGAGCAGGGUUUCCAACAAAGUGUGAGCAUACCUAUAUUCCACCAUGGGCAUCCUGUUGAGGCACAAGGCAUGCAGGGUCCUGUGCACACAAUAGAAAGCCCCAUGCAGGGACUUGUUAUGGGUGGGAGCAUUGAUACCAUGAGCCUAUACACAGGAGUGAUACAGUAUCCCACCACUACCUCCUAUAUUCCUGAAGGCUUUGCAGCUUACACCCAAAGCAGUGAGUUCCCACAACCAAGUGAAAACAGUAGUGAGUAUACAAUGGUUAAUAAUGAACAACAGCAACAGCACUUAGCAGAAGAGACGUCCAUCAUGAGCAUGGUGCCCACCCAGCCUCAGGUAACUCCUCCAAUGAUGACACCACCAGAGACUCCAGAUCAGUAUCAGGAAGAAGAAGAGGAGGAAGAACAAUUAGGUAGUGAGGAGCCAAUGGAAGUCUCCUCCCUUAUUUUUGAACAGUCAAACCUUGCAUCAAGUGAGGCUCCCUUUGAAAUAUCUUCUGAACUAAGAAUGCACACUGACAAGGGACUUCAUGCAGCAUCCAGCAUGGAGAGCAUUGACAGACCUAAAAUGUCAUAUGCUCAGAUUCUAGCAAUGGGACUGAAAGCAGCUCCAUCAGCAGUUGUCACCCAUACCUAUGGAGCACUUAGAUCAGUGAUGUCCUAUGUUAAAGGCCCUGUCAGUGAGGAAGAAAGACCAAAGUCUGAACUCAGGGAAAAGCCCAUUGAGUCAAGGCUCAGGGAAAAGCCUACUGAGUCCCUGCCAAGACCACCUGUCAGGCAAGAGAGGCCUGCCACUACACAUCUACUCUCUGACCAUGAUAGAUCAAGAGGAAAGAAGAGAUCACUUGAACCCAAAAUAGAAGUCACAAUGGCAAAGGAACCUGAAGAGUCAAAGAAGGAAAAGGACCCAAUGCAGGCUGAAACUUACAUUCCUGGAUUGGUAUUCAAGGCAACCUCUUUAGAACGUCGUUCUCGCUCCAAGAGUGCCCGAAGAAAGAAACGAGAAGCUUCUCAACAUGCUGAAGAGCCACCAAGAGACACAGAGAUGAUUCAGAGUGAAGCUGGAAAGAAGGAACCAACUAGGAAAACAGAGAAGAACCCAAAAGUGAAAGUUCCUAAACUGGAGCACAGUGUGACUCCUCCCUUAAAAGAAGUAAAGGUUCACCCAAAAGUAUCUGAAGCACCAACACCAUCAUGCCUUCAAGAGACACAAGUGCAGAAGGCCACUGCCCUUGCACCUGUUGAAGACAAGCCAUCUGAGACACCAAAACAGAGCCACCAACCAAAAGCACAAACUCAACCUAAAGAUAAGAAAGGAGAGAAAACUGAAACUGAGAAAGUUCUUGUAACCACAAUAUCUGUAGAAUCCAAAAUUGAAGCACCCAAAGCUCCUGAAGUAGAAGAAAGACGCAAGAAGAAGAAAAAACGUAUUGUGACCAAUCCUGAGGAACAAGAAGAUGAACUAGAAAAGGCACUAAGAGAAAUUGAAGAAAUGGAAAGAAGUGGAAAGCUACAACCUCCACCUGCUGCCAAGGCACCAGCAACAGAGGAUGAUAAAACAAAAAAGAGAGGUUUCAAGAGGACCAAAAAAGCAGAGCAUCCACCUACUCCAAAGGCCAUGGCACAGCCAUCCCAAACUAGUGAUACAAGCCCAGAAAAUGAAGAAACAGUAACAAAAACUCUCAAGACAGAAAAGAAAAAGGCUCCAAAGAACAAAUCUGCAGAAACAGAAAAGACUCCAACAGAAGUAAAAGGAAGCAAGAAACCCAAUGUUCAGAGAGGAGAUGCACAUGUAGCAGCAAGUAUCAUAGGUAUCAGCCAGACAAUAAACACUCAGCCAGAUGAAUAUAAAGAAACUACUGUGAAAGUGAAAUCAGAAACUCCUGUAGAACCUGUUGCAUCAGUACCUGAGCAAGUGGCUGCCUCCUCUAACCAAUUCCCUGAUGUGUCUUCUGCUCCUUCUACUAACCCCACAGUGCCCUUGAGCCUUGUAACCCCAGAAACAACUAGUGUCCCUGCUGUAGACUUGUCAAAACCAUUCCCCAAAAAUGCCUCUCAUGCUGAUGGUAACCAGGAAGAUGUUGCUACAGAGGAAGUUGCCAUCCCCAAAGCAUCUAUUAAUAUCCUGCCUACAGACUCUAUGUCCAUGAUGGAAGCUGAGAAUGGUCAAGAAAAUGAACCUGUCCCAGAUAUUAACCAUGGUUUUGGUCAGGAUGCUCUUUCCAGUCAGCAGGAUGUGGUACCAUCUGUAGAGCCCCUUGCUGCUGUCACAGAAAAGGUGUCCUUUGAAAAGAACUUGGUGGGCAAUAUUUCUGAACCUGAACUAAUUAAACACAAGAAAGUAAAGACAGUUUUGAACAAGGAAAAUAAAGAAAAUCCAAAUGAAACACAUGAAAUGAGAAGCUCCACAACAAAAGUUUGCAAAGUUAUGAGAAGAAGAGUGAUCAAGAAGAUUAUCAUGGUUGAUGGCAAGCCAGUGGAGACAGAAGAAGUAGUGGAAGAGCCAGAAGAUGUUACUGAAGAAGUGUUGCAGAACUUCCCCACCGAUUAUGUUAUUUCAGAGGCUGUCACAGCGUCUGAGAGAAAAACUGUACAGAAGAAAAUCAGAAGAGUGAUCAAGAAGAUCACUAUAAUUGAUGGCAAGCCAGUGGAGACAGAAGUAGUAGAAGAUCCAGAAGUGACUGAAGAAAUGUUGCAGAACCUUUCAACUGAUUCUGUUAUUCCUGAGAAAGUCACAGAGCCUGAAGUAAUAGUACAUAAAACUAUGAGAAGAAGAGUCAUCAGGAAGAUAGUUAACAUUAAUGGCAAGCCAGUGGAGACAGAGGAAAUAAUAGAAGAACCAGUAGAGAAGACUGAGGAAAUGUUGCAGAACCUUCCAGCUGAUUCUGUCACAACUGAGACAAUUACAGAUCAUGUGACAACAGUAUAUAAGAUCAUUAGAAGAAGAGUAAUUAAGAAAAUAGUGAUCAUUGAUGGCAAGCCAGUGGAGACAGAGGAAGUAGUAGAAGAGCCAGAAGAAGUGACUGAAGAAAUGUUGCAGAAUCUUCCAGCUGAUGCUAUUAUUACUGAGACAAUUACCAAACCUGUUACCUCAAUACACAUGUUAGGUAGUGAACCAGUAAACAAGAAAGAAGAAAAGAAAAAAUGGCAUAAUCUGGAAAUGCAAACAGUGAGUGAGAAUGAACAGAAAACCUUGGAAACUGGCUUCCAUACUGGUGAGGCUCACAUACAGCAAACACAUACCACUGAGCAGAGAGACACUCAAAUCCAAGGUGCCAAAAUGAUCACAGGCAUCACUGAGAAGCCCCAAAUUGAGAAUAGUGAACCCUCGAUUAAGGUAACUGAGGAAAAACUCAGCUCUCCAGAAUCUGUCAUCUACCAUCUCACACAACAAAGUCUGGUAGAGGCACCAACACACAAACCUUUAUGCUCUGUAUCUCCUAUUGAGUUGACUAUUGAGGGAGAGAGUAAAAUGAGGGAAAAUUAUUCACAUACUUUAUCAUCAAAAAAGCACAUCAUCAUUCAGAAGAGAAUUGUAAAAGUUAUUAUCAUUAUUGAUGGUAAACCAGUAGAGAAAGAGGAAGUAAUAGAAGAGCCAAAUGAUGUCACUGAUGAAGUUUUGCAAAAUCUCCCAUCUGGCUCUGUUGUAACUGAAUCAGUCACACAGCCUGAAGUAAUAACAGUUUACAGGUUAAUUCGAAGAAAGAUUAUCAAGAAUGUUGUCAUUGUUGAUGGCAAACCAGUUGAGACAGAAGAAGUGAUAGAGGAGCCAGAAGAAGUGACAGAAGAAGUGUUGAAGAAUCUCCCACCUGGUUCUGUUGUCACAAGGACUAUAACCAAACCUGAAAGAUUAUCCAUUUAUGAUGUGAUUAAUGAAAUGUCACUGAAAAGAGGAUUGGCAGAAGGAUCAAAAAUGACUGAAGAAGUUUUGGAAAAUCUUCCAUCUAGCUCUGCUAUUGUAGGGCCUGAGAUGAUAAGCACCCAAAAGAUUGUUAAGAAUCGAGUGACCAAGAAGACAACAGUGGUGGAUGGCAAGCCAGUGGUGACAGAGGUGAUAGAAGAGCCAGAAGAUGAAGUGGACUCAGCCCUUAGAAUGAUUGCUUCUGAGGUUGCCAGAGAAGCUAUAGGAACAGAACAUGAUACAUUUCCAGUUGAGGAAAUUGAUCAUGCCAACAGUGAGGAGGCAAUGCACAUUGAUACAGAUAGAUGCUGCAACACUGAAGGCAAGCCUAGACACACUGGGGUGGAGGAGAUGCUUAAGGAACCACAUCAUGAAGAAGCAGCAUCCAUGGCUCCCACCUUUGCCUUGCCUCUGCCAGACCAUGCUAAUGACUGGAUGGAACUAAUCGAGGGAGGAGGGUUUACACUCGAUGAUGAGGAUGAGGAGCCCCCAGUGAGCCAUGAAUCACAGUCUUCAUCACAGUCUCCUGCAGUGUUCCAAGUCCCAACAGCAGAACCCUUGCUCUCACAGGAUAAUGUUGUGACUCCUCAGAAGAAAGAAGAGGAAAGGGAUAGUAUGAUCCCAACAGUAAAUGAAGAUAACUUCCAGGAACUUCUCAAGGCCCCUGAGGCCCAAUCUGCACCAAUUAUGCAACCAGCUUUUGGCCUUGUUCUGCCUGACCAUUCCAAUGACUGGCUGGAAGUCAUUGAAAGUGGAGGGUUCACACUUGACAGUGAAGAUGAGGCUGAAUCAGAGCCUGCCACCUUUGCUGAAACAAACACCUUACUUACUGAUCAGGCUGUGAAAUCUUCAGUAUGUGAGGUAUCCACUAAUGAUGUUUCUCAGUCUAUUGAAGAAACUGUUGAAGAGGUUGGCUUACUAAGCAAAAAGAUCAUCACACCUUCAGAACAUUCCACACAUGCAGAGCUUCCCAAACCUGCUGUUGAAGUGCUAACAUUCACAGGUAAUGAAGUGCCUGUAAAAGAAACUCCAAGUGUUGCAUCUAAACCUGAGGAAGCACCUGCACAGCAGGACUCAUCAGCUCACAAGAAGCAAGCUUUUAACCUCCCUGUUCCUGAUCAUGCCAAUGACUGGAUGGAAAUGGUACUGGAAGGUAGAUUUUCUCUAGAUGAAGAGGAAGAUGAGACAGAGGCUGCUCCUCAGACCUCAGAAAAUGAUGGCCAGAGCUUACCUACAUUGCUAGAGGAAAAAGCUGAAAAAAUCUAUCGUGAACCACUUAGCAUCACUGAAUGUUUUCCUGAAAAGGAAAAGGAGGGAAGAAAUGAACUCAUUGCAGUAGAAUCUCUCCAAGAACACAUUGCAGUAUCAACGAGUAGUGAAAACCUACAGAAGUCUGUUGUGGAAGCAGAUGAUGCUGUGGCCACAACUAAAACAACAGAGCUUGUCACAGCCAGAGAAACAUCAGUAGCACCUCCCAUGUUUGGUCUUCCAAUCCCUGACCAUGCCAAUGAUUUCCUGGAGAUCAUUGAAGGUGGAGGCUUCACCUUGGAUUCAGAGUCUGAGGAGGAGAGUACCAAUAUUGUGAAGUCUACUCAAGUAGUUUUAAGUGAGGACAAAAUACUUAAAGAAGAAUCAGCAGAGGUACUAAAAACACAGUCCCAAGAACAGAGUACAGAAACACCAGUAGUACCUCCUGUGUUUAGUCUCCCAAUCCCUGACCAUGCCAAUGACUUCCUGGAGAUCAUUGAAGGUGGAGGCUUCACCUUGGAUUCAGAGUCUGAGGAGGAGAGUAGCAACAUCUUGGUGUCUACCCAAGUGGUUGUGAGCGAGGACAAAAUACUUCAAGAAGAAUCAGCAAAGGCACUAAAAACACAGUGCCAAGAACAAAGUACAGAAACACCAGCAGCAUUUCCUGAAUUUGGUCUCCCAAUCCCUGACCAUGCCAAUGAUUUCCUAGAGAUCAUUGAAGGUGGAGGCUUCACCCUAGAUUCAGAGUCUGAGGAGGAGAGUGCCAACAUUGAAGAGGUUACCCAAGUGGUUGUGAGUGAGAACAAAAUACUUCAAGAAGAAUCAGUAAAGGCACUAAAAACACCAGCCCAAAAACAGAGUAUUAAAGGAACAAAGCCUUUCUCAUAUGCCACAAUCCUGUCAGUAGGCAAAGCACCCACUGCUGAAGAGCCUGUUGCUGAGCCCAAAAUGCUAUAUCAGUACCAGGAGAUCCCUGCGUCAGUCCUUGUCAGUUCCUCUCCCUCUGUGCCUCCUGCACAAGAACCAAAGCAGGAUACAGAUGGCUUUGAGGAGGUCCAUUCAAAGAACAAGAGACGCCGCAAAAAAGGAGGAAAAGAAGAUGAGCACAAAACUAUAGCUGCUAGCUCUUCUGUCCAAGCAGUUCCAGUUAUUCCUGAAGAGAUGUUAUCUCUAGAUCAGACUGUGAAGAUCCAUGAUGCAGCCAUUAACUCAUCUCCAUUGAAGAUACACCAGGAAGAAGCUAUUAAUCCCCAUGAUGAUACCUCACUUAAGAAAAGAAUGGAAAAAGAAGUUCUGAAGAGUGUGAGUCCGCCAGAGCCGAAACAAAAAUCAGAGAAGGUAGCUCUCAAGAGUGUGAGUCAGCCAGAGCCUGAGAAAAAAAUAGAAAAGGGAGAAGACUCCAAGAGUGUGAGUCUGCCAGAGCCAAAGAAAAAAUUCCAAGAGGAAGAGUCUCUCAAGAGUGUGAGUCAAUCAGAGCCUGAUAAAAAAUCAGAAAAGGGAGAAAUUCCCAAGAGUCAGCCAGACCAAAAGAAAAAAUUGGAAAAGGAAGAAGUUCUCAAGAAUGUGAGUCAGCCAGAGGCAAAGAAAACUUUAGAAAAGGAAGUUCUCAAGAGUGUGACUCAGCUGCAGCCUGAUAAAAUAAUAGAAAAGGUAGAAGUUCCCAAGAGUGUGAGUCAGCCACAGCCUGAGGUGCAGUGUCAUCCUUCUAAGAAAGUUGAGAAGAAAAGAAAAAAGAAAACUGCACUUAAAGAAGAAAAAGAUGAGCCAAAGAAAACAGUACAGACAACACCUGAACAGAAGAGUGAAACUGUUGCUGAGAUAAAAGAGACCCAAGUGUUUGAGUUGACAAGUAUAGAAACUGAGCUUGCUGAUGUAACUUUGGAAACCUCAGUUGAAGAAGUUGUAAGUGACAAAGGGCUUAACUUUGGGGCUCAGACUCACAUCACUGACUCAGAUGUGGCCACAGUACAACUUGAGGUUGAUGUUACUGAUGAAAAGCAAAAAAAUUCACAAUCUGAAAGCAGAGAACUCAUCAAAGACACAGAAAUUAGCACAGCACAAGUUAGUUCUGAGGGAUUCAUGACCAGCCUCCUGUCAGCAACUCAAGUCUCUCAGCAUCCUUCAGGACUUUUAAUUGACCCCAAUGAGAUUAUUUUGGUUCCACAAUGGAUGCGACAGAGACCAAUAAUGCGUACCUCCAGCACUGAUGACACAAUAACUACCCCACUAGAAGAACGAAAGAGGUUAUUCAAGACUAAGAGUGCACCACUGGAGAGGACAAGCCCAGCUACUGACAAAGAUUCAAGGACUACCAUGGAGGAGGAAAGUGCAUCAUGCUCAUUGGUUUCUGGUGAAGAAUACUAUAAGAAUAAAAAGAAGAGGCCAAAGAAAGGCAAAGCCAAAAAGGGAGAUGAAAAGGAUCAGGACAGAGGAAGUAAAUGUUUUGAAGAUGCAGGUUUGGAAAAGGACAGUGAUGAAAAAGAUGAACCUUUAUGCCAAGGAUCUGAAGAAAAGGUCAGUGAGCAACCUGAACCAGAUGUCAUUGUACUCACUGAGAAUGGAGGGAAGCAAGAGACUGCUGAUGAGACCGUAAAAGAACAAAAUAUACAGUCAAAAGAAGUAAAAGAGCUACAAGAAAAAACUGGUGAUAUUCUUUCAUCUGGUAAAGUGUUAGAAGAGGUAAAGAAAACUGCCAAUGUACAAUCAGUAACUGUGAAGACUGAAUUACAAGAAUCAUCAGAAGAAUUUAAGUUAUCAGAGGAAGUGAAAUCAGAGGAAGUCAAGUCAUCAUCGGAAGUUCUUCCAGAACUGCUUCAGGAACCUGCUGCAGAUGUGUCUGACAUUAACGAUCCUUCACCAAGUCCCAAAGAGUUUGAGUUUGUUCCUUCACCAAGAGAAAAGACAGCAAUGGAGACAAAAGACACUCAUAAAGAAGGAAUUACAACUGAAACAAAUUUUAUGCUGAAACAAGGAAAGGAAUUACCUGUGAAAGAUUUUGAAUUGAUUCCUGAAUGCAUUGUGGAGGAAAAGGCCAUUAGCAAGGAGAAAGCUUUUGGAUUAGAAAAAGUUGUUCCUAAUUUUGAAGAAGCUCUAAAAGAAGCCAUGAAAACAGUAAUGGAUGAAACAACUGAAACAGCAGUAGUGCAAUCUUCUGGUGAAACUGUGUCAGACAACACUGAUGAUUGGCUUCAUGUGAGCAGAGAGACAGAACAUUCUUCUGCUGCUACUGGGAUGGAUGUUGACCUCAUCAAGGAGGAAGUGCACUUUGAGGAUCAGGAGGGCUUGACUGUUGAGGAAGUUAGUUCCAUUGUAACAGAAGAUAAAUCAAUGGAAUCCCUUGAAAUAACACCUGAUGAGAGUGAAGCACCUGUUCUGCCCAGUGACCGACUGGUGGACAUAACUGUGCCUCAGCUUGGAUUUCACUCAGAACAAGAUUCUGGAGUAAGUGUCACAGAGAUGUCUGAGCCAUCUAAAAUCAUUAGCACUCACCAACAGUCAUCAUAUGCAAAUAUCCUCAUUCAUGCACCAGCCAUUGUUGUAGAAAAAGAGCCAGAGGAAACCAAAAAGCCAUAUGUGUACCGCAAUCCAACUUUGGUGGGGGUGGAAGAGCCAUUAAAGAUAGACAAACAGGUCACCAAAGUGGAUAAAGAGGGAUUCACUCAAUUUGUCUCCAAGAAGGAGAGAUUCAGAAGAAAGACUCACAGUACAUCAGCAGCAGCAGAAGAAAUUGAGGAAGCUGUGCAGUCUGUAGUGGAGGAGAUUAAAAAGAAAGACCCUGCUAAGGUAACCAGAGAGGAGGUCCUAGAAGCUCUGUGUGCUAAUGCUGAUGAGGCUGACAGUGAUGAUGAAGUCAGCCAUGUUGAGGUGGUGCAGUCCAAGAGAAGCAAAUCCAGGCAGAGAACUAGAUCCAAGAGAUCAUCCAAACAAUCAGAAUCAGAAAAAGAAAUAGGUGAAAUUGCAGCAGCUAUUGAGAGAGGAGAGAUUCCACCCAAGCCCAAAGAUGUAGUUGAGUAUGAGCACAAACUCUUUGCUGCAUUUUACUUGGGCUCCGAGCUAUGGUAUGAUGUGUUUGGUAUCAAAGAUGCUGAAUUGUAUUACCCAAAAUUCAUCUUGGAAAUGCAGCAAGAGAAGAGUCAGAUAGCAGAUGAACAACAGCCAGAAGUAAAAGAAAUGACAGCGCUGACGAAGUUGCAGGCUGUACCUCACAGUUCAGUUGUUGAGCCUCUUGUCUGUUCUGACCAUGAUGUUUUAGGUCCAAGCAAGCCAGUUCCGCUUGAGCCAACAGCAGGAAAAGUAGAUGCAAAGCCAAUAAAAAAAGACAACAUUGCACAUGUAGAAACCAGCAUUCCAGUAGCUGUGAUGAAAGAAACUUCACCUACAACAAAACUGGUAUCUCCAUCUGUCUUGCCAGUUAAUGAUUCUUCCAUUUAUGACAUGAAUCUCAUAACAGAAGCUGAAACUCACUACUAUGAGUAUGUUGCAUGGUUACAGUCAAUGGCUUCUUGUGCCAAAGAAAUCAAGAUCCCUGCUGACCAAAAGUCCGUCACACAAGUGCCUGUUACUGCCACAGUGGCAAUCACAGAUGACUGGGCACCAAGCCCUGACAGAACUGUGAUAUGUGAUGAUAGUCAAAUACUUAAAGAAGAAACUGUGAUAAACACAAGUCACAUACUUGCAAAAACUGUGAUAGAUAUCCAUAAGAUUGUUGAAGACAGCAUUGUGGCAGAAAAAUCAGGGAGGAAAAAGGCAGCACCACAGUUAGUCUCACCAACUACUGAUGAAUCAUUGCAUGAAAUGUCAGAUGAUGUGCCAAACAUACAGAUAUCAGAAGACCUGCACAAAGAAUCUUUAGAUGAAGAAUCUAAAUAUACGCCUUUGUUUGUAGAAGAGGUGCAUAAAUCCAGAUCUGAUGUAACAGAAGUUGAUAAUGAAACAGCUUUUCCUGAUAAAAGCAACAGUACAUUGGCUGUCAAGUCUAUUAAAAAAGAGGAAGAUUUGAACUUAACUGGCAGCAAAACUGAGCAUUUAUAUACUGAUGAAAUAUCAUUGGCUUCCACAUCACAGAGUCAAGGACAUGAGUGUAUGUUAGUCCCAAGCUAUGACAUGUCCACUAUACACACAGCCGAGGCAGAGUACCAGAAAUAUCUCGCCUCUGAGACUCAGACAACUUCAUGGGCAGAUGUUGUGGCCCAUGGCAAGCCCAUCACAGAAGCCAGUGAAGAGUUAUCCAAAGAUCCAGAGGAUGAAAAAUCUUUCAUUUUAUAUCAGACCAAAACCAUCAAGGUUUUGUUACCUGAAGAAGAGCCAUUAAAGCCCAAGGUGCCUUGCUCUAUAGAUGAAGAAGGUUUCACUGAAUUUGUCUCAAAACAAGAGCUCCGCCGCCGCCUCCGAUCAUCCUGCUCUGAAGAGCCAGAUGUGAAAGACAUUGUGCCUUAUGUUCCAAGAAUAGAGUUACCUGAAGUUGAAAUAAUAGAAGACCAACAUGUAGAAACUCAGAAAGAGCCUAUUUCACAAUCUGAGUCAGAAGCAUUUGAAGAGAGCAUGGUGGAGACUGUAGAGAUUAAAGUAAGACACCGAAGACGGACUGACAGUCACCGAAAGAGUCAGCGUUCUCGCACCUCUGCAGCUGAGAAAGAGGUGGAUGAAAUCCUUCGCCAAAUGAGCCGUGAAGACGUCCUACAAAAGUAUGCAAACUAUGAUGCAGUUCAGUAUGACAAAUGGCAGCUGGAAGAUAGUGAACGCAUCUACCAUGAAAUGUUGGCAGUAGAAGUGUCACCUUUGACUUCUGUUCAGGCUUCCCAGUCUGAUAUGCCAUCCCAGGAAGAUGGAGUAUCGAUCCUGACACAAGAAGAGUGCAUUGUUCACCUCCUUCCUGCAUCCAGUGACACUCUGCCUUCACCUUCCCUCACACCUCUUCCAACUAACUAUGCCCUUGAACUAACUUACUUCCCUUCAUAUGACAUGGCUGCAAUUAAUGAAGCUGAGUGUAGAUAUCACCAACACCAAACAUACAGUAGUCUUGUUCAUAAUGAUGUCUCAGUGAUGGAGGAUGCGUUAGGCCCAAGAGCAGAAAAUGAGAUACCUGAUAAAUUGGCAACUGGAGACACAACUUUUGAACAUUUAGACUCUCCAGUAAAUACAUUCAGUCUAUCAAAGCCAGUGGCUCCUAUCCAAACAGAGACUCCCCCUCCAUUGUCUGAACAAAGCAUUACCUGCAAACAUUCAUUCAUUCAUUCUGCUACCAAACCUGACAAAGAAAAGACAGAAAUUCCUCCCUAUUCCAAGAUUUUUGAUACUCUGCCUGAGACACAAGUUGUCAUCAAGAAAGGAAUAUUUGACAGAGAGACUCCUAGCCAAGUGAAGGUUCUUGAUAUUGUCAGUGAAUCAGAUACACCAAAUCAGGCACCUGUUACUGUACCUGAAGUGUUUGCUGCUAAACAAGAUACUGUCAGUCUGAAAGAGGCUUCUGUAAAUGAUGCAAAGACUUCUGAUGCUGCAGUUAAACCAGAGGAUCCCAACCUAACAAAGACUCUUGUUACUCAAGUAGAACUGAAACCUCCUGGCCCAGCAAAAGCUCUUGCUAUUGUACCUAAACUAGAGGCUCCUAUUCCAGCAAACGUUCUUGCUGCUGAGGUGAAGCCAGAGCUUUCUAUUUCUAGUGCAAAAGAGGCUUCUGCUACUGAGGUCAAAGUAGAGGCUUCCAGCCCAGCAAAGGCUCCUGCUGCUGAGGUGAAACCAGAGCUUCCUACCCCAGCAAAUGCUUCUGGUGUUGAGAUUAAAGCAGAUGCUCUCAGCCUAGUGAAGAUUCCUGCUGCUGAGAUUAAAGGAGAGGCUCUCAGCCCAUUGAAGACUUCUGAUACUAGGGUUAAACACAGCAAGAAACAGCAUAAUGAUUCAAAGGAAGGACCUGUUCAACCUCUUCUUGAAACACCAACAGUAAGUCAUCUUCCACUUGAGGAAGAUCUGUUGACUGUAGAAUUACCUGGUUCACCUCUACUAUUUGACAUGCAUGAUUUUGCUGAGGCAGAGUCUAAUUAUUUUGCAUUCCUUGCAUCAAAUCAACAAGAAAACACAGUAACUGUGGAGGUUCUCAGUAACAGUGUUGUACCAUCAGUAAGUGAUGUAAAUGUUUGUCUUCAUGAUGGUGCACACACUGCCAUGUCAACACAUGAAGAGUCUCCUACUGACAUGAAACCAACAGUGUCAGAAAUUACUCUGAGAUCACCAGUAAGAACAAAGGACAAUGUUUCAACAGAAAUUCAGCUGUAUGACUACAACAGUAUACAGAGAGCAGAAGCAGAACAUCAGGAAUAUCUAGCUCAUCAUUCCCCUACUAAUACAUCAAGAGAAGAUUCAGUAGUGAUGGAAGAAGAACGAUUAGUGAAGGAUGCAAAUGAAAAAGAAAUUAAUAAUUCAGAUUCUAUAAUACAUGAAGAAUCAUCAUUUGGGAAUUAUGACAUGAAUGCAAUAGGGUUGGCUGAAACAAAGUAUCAAGAGUAUAUAGCUCAGCAGACAGGAACCACUUCAUGGGCUCAUGUUGUGUCCCAAGCAAAAGCAGUGGAAAUUGAAGAGGAAAAAGAAGAGCCCAUUGAUGAGAAAUCUUUUAUUCUAUACCACACUAAGAAGGUUCAAGUUGUGGUAGCUGCUGAGGACCCUAGGAAACCCUCCACUCCUCAUGUGGUAGAUGAUGAAGGUUUCACUGAAUUUAUUUCCAAACAGGAGCGCCGUAGAAGACUGCGGUCAUCCUGUUCUGAUGAAGCUGAGGACUAUGUGACAGAUAUUGUGCCUUAUGUACCUAGAAUAGAAUUACCAGAAGUAGAAGUUUCAGAAGAGUCUAAAUUAACAGAAUUUGAACAAAAAAUUAUUAAUGAAGACAAAUAUGAAGCAGAGAAACAGUUCACUCCAAAGGAAAAUAAUUCUGAAGAUAAACAUAUAGCUAAAGAAACCUCAGAAGAUUCAAAGGAAAUCAAUAUUCCAAUAAAACAUGAAAGAAGUCACAAAUCUAAUCGAGAAAAGCAUCACAAGCGCCACCGAUCUCGCAUCUCAGAAGCCGAGCAAGAAGUGGAUGACAUCCUGCGGCAGAUGGAUCGAGAGGAAGUUCUUCAGAAAAAUGCUGGCAGUGACUCCUUCCUGUGUAACCAAUGGAUAUUCAACGAUGCUGAGAAGAGUUACUAUGAAAUGAUCGAGCAGCUGAAGAAAGAUGAUACAAAUCUGGUGAGUGAGAUUCGGGAGAAAGAAAAGGAUAAUGAUGAUGAUGAUUCGCAUGAUGGUGGUUACAAUUCCCCUCCUGGGCUUCCACCAGCAGAUAAUUUUGAUGGUUACUAUGCAAGAAUGCUUGAGACAGAAAUUAUACAAGCUAAUCCUCCUCAUGGUGUAGCCAAUUGGACAGAUGAAAGUACAUAUCUCUCUCUCACCCCCCCACCCCCUGACCUUGUAACAGUUUGUAGUGUCCCAGGCUCCUCCAUGACUCAGACAACACACACCCACGACAUGACUCAGACACAGACGCUUCCUCCCACCAUGAGCAAGAUGACCUUGACUGAGAUGAGCAAGAAAGCAGCCCCCCUGCAGGCCCCUUAUCAAGCCAGUUCAACACUCGCCCAGCACAAAAAACACCAGAUUGAGAUCAAGGAGAAGGUAUCCUCAGCACAAGAAAAACUCCAGAGCUUCCAGGAGCGUCUGCAGAGUCUGGUGGAUCACUCAGUCAUCCAGCAGCUGACCAUCAUCCAGACUCUGAUAAUUGAGAUGAAGCGGAUGGAGGAUGAACUAAAUUAUCUUGAAGAGAAAGGGAAGUGUCUGGAGCAAGACUCUGAGAUGCUUAGCCUUCAGUGUGUGUGUGUGUGUGUGUGUGUGUGUACGCAGCAUGAUGUAAUGCAGCUUAAACAUCAUGUUUUUCAGGGAAGACAUAGUACAGCUGAACAGCAAAAGCUUCACCUCAUAGAAUAUCAACAAUUGCUGCAAGACCUAGAGUGUUGGGUCACUGAGACUUACAACCAGAUCACUGCAGAUAUCUCGCUUAGUUCCUCAGCAGAGAUUCGUGAACAGAUAGCAAAUAAUCAGACACUGCAGCGGGACCUGUGCCGUCGUGAACAGCAACUGAUGGAGCUGCAAGAAAAGUGUGAGCGAGUGGAGGGAGACUCACACAUAAUAUCUCUGGCUAAGGAGAUGACAGACCACCUGACUUUCUUGAGUCAGACAAUCAGUGACACUCGAUUUGUGCUCCAGAACCGCCUACACCAGCUGAAGCCAGCAAAGGAUUCUUUAACAGGGCUGAAAGAUGGUGAUAAUGUGGAAUUUUGGCAAGAGGAUCUAUAUCCACAAGAAGUGUGUAUGGAGGACCAAUCAUCUCCACACCUUGAAGACUUCACCACUGCUCCUUACAUCCCUGAGCAAGUUGUGGAACCUCCUCAUACUGAAGAACUGACAUCUUUCCCCAAACCUGAAGAACAAUUCCCACUUCCAGUUUCAACACCAGAUCAGCCUAAGGAAGUAUCUCCCGUGCAUGUGACUUUCAAAGAAACUGUAUACCAACCUCCAGGUGAACCCACUUCUCUUGAUAAGAUAGAAACUGAACUUCUCCCUUCACCACCACUGCCUGUGUUUGAGGACAAAGAACCUAGUGAACCUUUGUCACCAAAACUAGGGAAAGAGGAAGAGGACAAAGAUAAGAUUUUGCCAACUCAACCUACAGAAUCACAGGAUGAAAUUGCAAAGACUCAGUCUCCUGCUACUCCACAACCUGCUGAUUCUGAACCUCUCUUGUUUGCCUCUAAGAAUGUUGAGUUCUCUGUUCUCCCACUUCAGGAUAAGCAAGCAGAUGCUACACAAGAAUCUCACAGUAUAGUGCCUGAAGAUGAGAAACAAGAUACUAAACUUUAUCCUUUCACUUCAGUUACUGAAUAUGAGGAAGUGCAUGGGAAACCCAUUGUUGAUACUAAAACACCUGAGUAUGAGAAAGAUAUCCCAAUAUCAGAAAGUAAGGAAGAGGAAACUGUAUAUACUCUAACUACCACAGCAGUUGUUAUGACACCAAAAUAUGAAGAGCCUGCUACAUUGCCUAAGGGUGCAAAAACAGUGGAUUAUUCUGUGGUUGUUGUUACUGAUCAUGAAGUAAAGACAAAUGAUAGAGUGGAGCCUGUGUUUGAUGUACGUGUACAUGAAAUCAGUGAAGUCGAUGUAGAUAGAUGUGAGGUAGUGGAAGAAAGAUUGGUGAUACAUGAUGAAAUAGACAUGACAGUGCCUGAUGGAGAUCAUGUCAAGAAAUCUGAAGAAAAGGAUAAAAAAGAAAUGCAAAAGCCUGGAAAGAAAGAUUUCAUAGUUGAACCAAAUGUGACUGUGGUGUCUAAAGACCUUACAGAUAAAAAAUCUACUGAAACAGAAGUUACAGUUGAGCUCAGUCAUGAAGGUGAAGAACAUGUGUUACCUGAGGCAAGUGAGCUUCUUGAAAAGGAAAGUGAGUUUGACAUAAAAUCUAAACAAAAGGAAACUUCAAGUUCUGCUAAGGUAAUGGAGGAAGAAAUACAUGAAAAUGAUAUUCCCACAACCUCUGAAGUAAACAAAGAAGUGAAUCAGAAGCAUAGCUCUACAGAUGCAGAUAUAGAGUCAUCUGUGGAGUCAUUAGACAAAGAAGAGAAAGAACCUGAUAAUGUUAGUACUGAUAAAAAAGAGGCACCAAUCAUCCCCCUCAGUGAAAGCAAUAUAGUUCCUGAUGAAAAGCUAACACAACACAGUGAUGAUCUACAAGUCACAACUGACAAGCUGAUUGAUGAACACACUGCUGGCCCACCAGAAAUAGGACCUCACACUUCUCAGCCUCCCUUAAGUGUGGUAGAGAAGGCUGAGGGAGAUAAAGAGGAUAGAAUGGAGCUACAGCUUCUAGUGCCAGAGGAAGAAGACACCUCCAGAGAAAAGCUAUUGAUUGAAGAGCAAAUCAUUAGCCAGGAAUGGCAGACUAUUUAUACAUUAUUCAAACGUCGUCAGAAUCUUAGAAAAGCUCCACAGUCAUCACUUUCCAUCACUACCACCACCUUAUUGCCGGUUCCAUCAUCAUCAUCCUCACCAGAUCAACAGCAGCUACAAAUUGAUGAGAAUCUGGAGAAAUUAAAGUCUGCUCUUGAUAAAAAAGAAAUUAUUGUUGUUCAGAAAGUUAUAAUUUCUAUUGUUGAAACUGUAAGCACUUGGUUAGAAACAAUUGAGUACAGAAUCUACACAAUCAAAAACACAGAAGACACCACUGAGAGAAACCAGCAGUAUGAAUAUUUGGAAACAGAAUUACAUAUAGAAGAGAAGCUUGUUAUUUUGGAGAAGGUAACACAGUCUGCAGUAGAAAUCCUUAGUGAAGAAACUAUCAUAACUAUCAUAGAAACUGUAAAAUGUCUGAGGCAGCAAGUAAAUCAAGUAGAGAAAGUGAGGAAGAAACAAAUGGAAAACUCAAAAGAAGAGGAGCAACUUUACACACAGUACAGGGAUGCAGUGGCUAAUGCUGGAGAAGAAGUAUCUAAACUUAAGGCUCAGUUAUGUCAAUUACAAGAUAGUAAGAUGUCACCAGAAGAAAAGCUCAGACAACUAGAGUUGCUUCUCAUCACUAAUGAAGACACCAGAGACAUCAUCACACAGCUUCUCCUGAGUUCUCAUGAUCUGAAACUUUCACCAAGUAGACAUGUAGGAGAUGAACUUGCUUCAAUUCAGGAAGAAUUGUGUGAUGUCCAUGAUUCUAUUCAAAAGGAAUUAGACCAAGUGUUGCAGCUAACAACUACUACCACUGAAUAUGAAGAAACUUUAAUGGAACUCACUCAUCUUAUAGAAAUGGCAGAAACUAUUCUGGAGGCAAGAGUAGUGGCCCGAGAUCACUCCAGUCUAGUCGAUACUAUCACAAAACAUAAGAAGCUUUUCCUGUCUCUGCGACAAUGUCAGAAGGUACUGGAAUCUCUAGAUACUGCAUUAGAACCUAACUCUAGAGUGCACUACCAGGAAUUGUACUCUCGUUCAUAUCUGAAGGCAUCCAAGAUACUAGACAAGGCUACACAGCGCAAUCAUCAGCUUACCCUGCUUGAGGCUGAGUGGCUGCGGCUGCUGAACCAGCUAAAGGAGGAGGAGGCGUGGAUGAUGUCAGCAUCUGAGCAAGUCACUCAGCUGCACACCUUGGCUUCCGACACCUAUCAGGAAAAUACCAACUCUUGCAAGGAUUGCCAGGACCUGCUGGUGGAGAGUGUAACACACGAGGCUCACAUGGGCCACCUAGUUGAGAUGGUUCGCAAGGUAGGAGACUCUGUCACCUGCACCCACCUUGAGACCCGAGUCAGCUCACACCACCAGAGGAACACCAGCCUGAGACAAGAAGUCAGUCGCCUGUUGGAGCGUCUAGAAGAAAUGCAUGUCCACUGGGCUGCCUAUCAGACUCAGAUGGAUCAGCUGCAAGAGUGGUGUUCACAAGCUAAAGCUUCACUGGAAAACAUUGAUCUAACACCACAAGACCAACAAAAGCUGAAAGAACAGUUCAAUCAGAUAUGGAAUCUAAGGGCCCAGUUUGACAGCCAGAGUGUUCUGCUGAAUGAAUGCAUGGAUCACUUUGACAAAUCAGUGGGAUUGGUGAAUAUGACAGAUGAAACCAACCAGCGACACUUCCUCUCUCAGUUUAGGACAGAAUGGAAUGAGCUUGAAGAACUACUCCAUGGAAAGGAGAAAGAACUCCACAAAAUUCAAAUCCAAGUGGUUCCAGUGCCUCAGUUGUUGAGUGAAACUCAGGACACACUCACAUUUGUUGAGGAAGCUUUGCAAAAUAUUGACACUAACAUCACAUCAGUGCAACAACUCAGAGACAUACAGGAAAAUUAUAAGGUGUUGAGAAUAAAGAUAAUGAACAGCAAGGGUAACUUGGAUUAUUUAACAGAAGUUUCCUCUGAAGAUGAGGAGCAAGAUCAGGACUUGAUGGACAACCUAGGAAAGUUAUCCCUUACUUGUCAGGAGUUGAUUCAUACCAUCCAGCAAAGAAUUGCUUCUCUGGAAUACACUCUGGAUAAUGUACAGAAGACUGUCAGUCGUGUAGAGCGCAUUUCCCUCACAAUGAAACACUUGAAGAGUACUCUGGAAAGAUGCCAAGCAAUUGACAAAGAAGGUGAACAGAUCCUGAAGGCUGCCUUCCACUCCUGUCAGACAAUACAUGGAAGUGUGUCACGGACUGAAGGAGACAUCACCAAAGUGAAGCAGAGCAUGGAGAACUUAAGUCAAGACCCUCACCACCCUUGCCAUCUCACAGAGCUUUCAACACAGAUAGACACCCUUGAAGAAGAGCUCAAAUCUCUUUCUGAAUGUAUCAAAGAAACUCGCGAAAAUCUCAAGAGCCGCCUUGAAAUAUGGCAGAAAUUCAUGUCAACAUCUGAUGCAGUAGAUGGCUUCCUUCAGGAGGUGGAGUACCUUCUUGAGAGUGCAGUUGACCUGCCAUCAUCUAUCAAUAUGGAUGCUUUAAGGAAGCAUGUGGAAGAUUUGCAGAGCCUUCAGGAAUCCAUGACCACCAAUGAAACCCUCCUGGAAAUGCUAAAGUCCAGAGCUGUGCAAGUGGAAAAGAAUCACAGUGUGGAGACGCAGCUUGUUCGCUGGAACAAUGUCUCCCAGAAGCUGGAGUCGGUGAUUUUGCGCUAUGAGACUGCCCUGGAGCUGUGGAACCAGUUCAGUACAGUGCAGGAGGAAGUGCGAGUGUGGGUGGAGUCAAAGAUCACCAUGGUGGUUUCCCUCCAGUCUCGGGGCAUCACACACGAGCAUCGUGCCCAGAUCCAGGUGCUGGUGGGUGAGGCGGCAUGGUCAGGGGAGCGGGUGUCAGAACUAAGGCAGCUGGCACACCAAAUUCGGCUGCAUCUAGCAGAGGACUCUGCCCAGGACACUCCAUUAGUUGCUGAGGUUGAGCGACUUGGAUUCCGAAUAACUAAUCUGACGGAGGCGAUCACUCAGCUCAGUAGUAGCUUGACACAGCAGGUGAAUGCUGAACAACAUCAGAAGAAAGAGAGUGCCCUGCAGGAGCUUGAAGCUGGCAUAAAUGGGGCUCAUACAUUGCUGGCAUUACCAGAGCCUGAAGUAAAUGAAGCAGCAGAGCGGGCCACUCAACUCAAGGACCAACUCGUUGCACUUGGAGGCACUGGGGGUCCUGUCAUUGAUAGUGGACCAUCACAACUAGUGGAAGCCUGGCAAAUAGCUGUUCGUGACACACACUCGAGGUAUCAGCAGGUAGUUGCAGGUCUGGGAGGUGAUGAGGAACAGCUUGCAGCAGCACUGACUACUUGGAAACAAUACGUGGAAAGUGUGGAAGCCAGCAUGAAUGCCCCAGCGCCAGCUUCACGUGAAGGGCUUCAUGAAGCCUCUCGCUUGUGUCAGGUGCACUGUUCUAUUCUCAACACACAAACAAAUGUUCUUCUUACUCUUCAAGAACAAGCCCAGCAGGAAAAUGCUCCCCCACGCAUCAGGAACUUACAGGGUCGCCUCAGAGAGUUGAUCUUACGUCACAAGACUGUUUUGACAACAGUUAGUGAACGAGAACAGCUACUUCUUCAAACCAUCACUACAUGGGAGACCUACAGAGUCAAGAUUGCUCAAUUGCAAACAUGGAUAUUGGCCUUAGAACAAGAGAAGCAAGGACUUCAGCUCAGGCAAGUUGCAAGAAGACGUCUUGACAAAGUUAUUAGUAGAUUACAGUCCUUGCAAGAACAACUGGGCAGAGGAGAGGAAAAGGUAGAUGAAAUAGAUACGCUGUGUCAGAUACUGGUAGCAUCAUGUGACUCAAGUAUACAUCCUAUCCUAAAGGCUGAGUUAGCAUCUCUGCAGCAACGUGUGACUAACAUGCGUGCAGGUGUGGAGACAUGGCUUGGUUAUCUCAAUAAAAGUUCUUCCUUAUGGCAACGGUAUGAAGAUGUGUAUACCAAGCUUCAUACUGUUUUGGCAGAGUUCCAGGCUGGGUUGUCUGCUGAUAUGCCCUCAGAUUUCUGCAGUGUUCAGGAAACCAUCAAAAAGUAUAAUGAAACUACUGCUGCUCUAGAAGCCUUGAGUGGUGAUCUUUCUUUGCUGAGGACAACCCGUGAGGAAAUGGUUGACUCACUUACACCUGCUGACCUACGCCUGGUGACACAAAGAAUGUGGAGAGUCACACAACUACAGGCUGAAUUGCUGCAUCAGUACAGACUUAAAAUCAGCACUUUGGAGGAUAGAUUAGAACUGUGGGAACUUUAUGAUACUAGAUAUCAACAGUUCCUUACUUGGGCCAAAGAUAUGGAAGAUAAGAUAGAUGGUGGCUCAGAACAAUACAUUGACACACUUAUCAGGAAGCUGGAACAUGAUUACCAGGAAGACAUCAAUGCUAAGAGCAUAGAAAUGCACUGGCUUUUGUCUGAAGGUAAAGAACUUAUAUCAUGCAGUAAGGAGGAUCAAGCUACUGGAUUGAAAGAAAAAAUAAAAAUUAUUGAGACUACCUGGAAACACAUCCAUGAUAAAUGCAACAGUAGGAAGCAGAAAUUACAAGACAUUGUGACAACUAUAAACAAAGCAGAAGUCACUCUGGCUGAACUAAAGGAAUGGCUUUUCUUGAUUGAAAAAAAGCUUUCCUGUCCUGUCAUUUUCCAAAACAGUUCUAAGAAAGAAAUAGAUCACCUCUUGGAAGCAGAAGAAGAGAUUCGUAAGGAGAUAGAGAAGCAGAGUGGAACUAUUUCUUCUGUUUUGAAUCUUUGUGACAUGGUUAUUCAUGACUGCAAUGAGUUUGAUGCUAAUGGAGACACAGACUCACUGCAAGAGGCUCAUCACAACUUGGACAGACGCUGGGGAGAAAUCUGCACUCGAUCUGCAGAAAGGAAGGCAUUUAUAAAGAAAACUUGGAAGAUGUGGCAGGAAUUGGUGACAGUUAAUAAUUCAUUUUCUUCAUGGAUAACAAAUAUAGAGUUGAGGCUGAGGGAUUUAGAUGUUGCAUCUUAUCAGGUACCUUACAGCAGCCUUGAAGAAAUCAUUGCAACUGUUCACCAGUUACAGCCACUGAUUCAUAACCAAACACCUCAGUAUGAAAAUCUUAACCAGCACUACCGGGUACUUGCCCGACCAUAUGGUAGGGAAAACAGAUUAGACCAAGAAAAUGAAAUUCGAACAAUGGUCAAGACUUCCAAUGCUAGAUUCCACACCCUAAGUUACCAAAUUACUGUAAUACUUAGGCGUAUAAGCUUCAGUAGAAACUUGUUUGAAAAGUAUGAAGCUUCAAGAGAAAUGCUGAUGAUCUGGUUGAAUGACUUUGACCUCAAAAUAACUAAAUAUGAACAAUACCAACAUAGAAACCUUGAACAUAAGAAGAAGGCACUGUUAGAACUUGUAGCAGAAUAUGAGAGGCAUGAAAAUGAACUGAAAGAAUUUGAAGAUUUGAUUACUUACCUUUACCAGAGAAGCUGCUACUCAGAUUGCAACAUUAUAGAAGAAAGUCUCACAGAGUAUUGGGUAUGUAAAAAACUCGUUCGUACACGUCUUCUGGCCUUUCAAAGAGAUGUUGAGGAUGAAAUAACACAGGCCACAACUGUGAUGGCAGGCCUUUCUGAAGAGAGAUUAUUACAAGACCAGGAAGAUGAUUAUAGGGUUCCUUUAGUAUCAGAUGCUGAACUGCAAAACCUUGAACCAACCCUGAGCCCAGUAGACAUGUCUCUAAUUGGUGCUGUGGGUGGGCGUUCUAUGGUUGUGGAGAUGCGUGUGGCAUUAGAUGAGUGUAAAAAGAUCAUACUGCAGUUGGAAGAAGCCUUGAAGUGUCCAACACCUCAGGGUGCAGAAGUUGACAAGAUGUAUUACUCUUUUUCGAAGCAGCUGGCAGGAUGUCGGUCAUCCGUGGAUUUGUUAAGUUCCCUAAAGCAACACACAGGGGAUGACACUGAGGCACGAGAACUCCAUCCAGAAAUUGAUGCUGUCAUUGAAGAAUUUUCUCAUUUAGAAGCCAAGGCACAGGCCAAGCAACAAAGACUCAAGGAGAACAGCGAGACGUCUUCCUUGACGUGCCCGCUGUGUUGCAGACGCAAUUGGCAACAGUUUGAAAAUGACAUGUGGCGCUUGGAACAGUGGCUAACCCAUGCAGAAGCCACACAAUCAACACAACACAACCCACCCUUGCCCAUGGAGCAGCUGGAGGAAGUUGCUCAGGAUCACAGGGAGUUCCUCAUGGACCUUGAUGGCCAUAAAUCAGUGAUAAUGUCUCUAAACAUCAUUGGUAAGCAUCUGGCGGAUCACACACGUGAUGAGAGGCGAGCCACUAGAGUGAGGGACCGUCUUGCCGCCACCAACCGCCGCUGGGAAGCAGUAUGUGCUGCUGCCUCUGUGUGGCAAGCAAAGCUGCAGACAACCCUGAUGGGAAAUUCAGAAUUCCACAGCACCAUAGCUGAUUUACUUGCAUGGACAGAAACAACUGAGGAGAGUCUUCUUAAAAUUGCUGCAGAGAAAGACAUGGAGGAAACGGCUCUACGUGACAGAGUGGCUCGUGUUCUUGAUGUACGGGCAGAAGUUGAGCGAUGUGAGCCCCGUGUAGCAUCCCUGCAUGAGGCUGCACAGCACCUUCUGCCCACACAGCAGGAUGACAAGUCUGCUGCUGUGCGUGAGCAGCUAUCUAUUCUAUCUCAGCGUCUUCAGCUGCUGUUGCAAAUGUGCUCCAAGCAACUUGUGCUUCUCUCUCAGAUACUUGGACAAGACUUUACUAGUUCUUUGGCAUCUCUUGCAUCAUCAGGGUUGUACGAGUCUGCAGAGUUUUCUCUCUCAAGACCAACCUCACCAAGCUCCCUGUCGGCCAGCUUCCAUUCAGAUGCUCAUGAUGUGCUGGGUGCUGAGGGUGGCAACGAAGGUGUGGUGCGUCGCUCCUACAGAUUCCUGGGCCGGGUGAUGCGUGCAGCACUUCCCAUCCAAGCUUUGAUGCUCCUCAUGCUGGGAGUGGCCUCCUUGGUCCCGACUUCAGAAGAUGACUAUGCCUGUAGCAUGGCUAACAACUUUGCCCGUAGCCUGGACCCUAUGCUGCGCUAUCCCAAUGGGCCGCCACCAUUCUAAUCCAGAAAUUGUACAUCUGCUAACUUAAGGACUUUCUGUCUUCCCUAAAAAUCUGAAGUAUUUCAUGUUAUAAACUGAAAAUUUAUCUUAUAUAUAUAUAUAUAUAUAUAUAUAUAUAUAUAUAUAUAUAUAUAUAUAUAUAUAUAUAUAUAUAUAUAUAUAUAUAUACACACACACACACACACACACACACACACACACACACACACACACACACACACACACACACACACACACACAUAUUUAACACUUGUACUGUAAUAAUUGGUAUUUUUAUCAUAUUAAACAAUUGUUGAUUUCUAUAAAGUUUAGCAGUAUGUAUUAUCUGUAUCUAUUAUGAUAAUCAGAGUUCCUGAAGUGCCCAUCAUUUUAAUUAGGUAUAGAGGAGUAUCUGUCUCAGACAUCACCACUUGGACAUAAAUUGAUAGUGUGUGUGUGUGUGUGUGCGUGUGCGUGCAUUCGUGUGUGUGUGUGCGUGCAUGCUUGUGUGCGCACACAUGAGUGUAUAACUUUCCUUUCAAAACCCUUUUUUUUUUUUUUUUUUUUUUUUUUUUUUUUUUUGAUUUGGCAAUUCUAAACAGAUCGUCACCUGGUGCUAUAGUCUGAAUAUGUGGUGUAGGUAAUCCUGACAGCUAUUGCAGUACUGAUUUUUAGGUGCUAUAACCUUCAACAUGGUAUGGGCUUACUCUGCUAUUUAUUUAAGAUUUACAGGGAAUUUGUAAUACUACUGAUUAACUCCAGAAGCUGGAUUGGUUAAUAGUGUACUACCACAAAGAGGUGGAAAUGGUGAUACUGUGUAGUGUUGGGAGACUUGCAGCUCUAUCCAAGUGUUCUGUUGAAAAGCCUACAAAAGGCCCAAUGGGAAUGAAACACUUGUGGUGAAAAGAGCAUGAUUUCACAAAGCAAGCCCAUCUAGAUGUAUUAUUGUUUAAUGAUAAAUCACUUGUGAUACAUGUUCAUACCUGCUGUUGAGCAUCAUAAUUAAUAAGGUUAUUGUUUAAGCAUUUGGUAUUUGAAUUGGUCAUAGAAUCUUGACCUGCAGAAUAUCUGUACUUAGCACUUGGUUUAUAUUCUAACAUGGCUUAACCCUGUUGUAUAUAAACUUUAUAUAUUCUUGUUUAUAUCAGUCUUUGUGAUUCACUGAUUUCAUCUUUUCUCUGAUCAUAUCACUAACUUAAGUACUGAUAUGACAGAAUAAAAACAGCCAGUUAGUGUGGAACCUGAUUGACUGUUCUUCAAGAAAAGGAGGAUAAUAUGAACAUAGCUAGCAUAUUCACAACUUUGGAAGUAGCCAGUGGUGAUGGUGUGAGCUUGUCGCGGGGCAAACACCACACUGCUGUGCUGACCCUGAUCCCAGCUUAAAACACCAUAUCUGUGCAUCAGCAACUUGAGGAAGAUGCACUUUUUUUUUUUUUUUUUUUUUUUUUUUUUUUUUUUUUUUUUUUCUUCUCUUUAUGAAAUGCUUUUCUUAUCUUUCAUAGUCAUUGUCAACUUUUACCCUAGUAAUAAGCUUGUUUGCUUGAAUGCUUCAUUCUAUAAGUUAUUGUUGUGGCUGGCUUUUUUUUUUUUUUUUUUUUUUUUUUUUUAGAUGAAAUGGUAAGGUAUUAUGAUGGAUUUUAGUGCCUGAACUAGAUAACCAUGUUUGUGCCGGCUGUGACAUUGUGCCAUAGAAUCAUGACCAGCCAAUAGGGAGUAAGCGUGCAGAUGCCUAGCUAAUCAAAAGUUGCUUUGUCCAGUCAGUGAAGAAUGGAAGUAUUAUUUCCCAGCCAAUCAAAAACUGCUUAGAAACAACAAUUAGCAGCCUUGGACUUCCAUCCAUAAGCAUUGCUUUUGCCAUUAUAGAAGAACAAGCACUAAGGACAGUCCUUUAUACUGUGGUGUGAGUUAAAUUCAUACAAAUAUAUGUGUUCUUAUAUA